CUUGGCAUGUGCAGAGCAAGGCUGGUAUACAAUUAGCUUAUUGUUCCUUUCAGCUUUGUGCGGAGAGGAUCUAAGGGGCUGAGGAAAAAAAAAAGGCAGCUACAAGAAGUGCUAUUGAUGUCGAAUAAGGGAGUUGCUCUUUUUAUGCAGCCACAUUUGCAAAUACUGGAAUUACAGCUGUUAUCAAGUACCACUCAGAAUCACUUAAAGGCGUGUGCCAGAGACUAGUCAUUGGGACGACUGCUUUUUACAGGGAGUCUCUUUUUACACCUGCUAUCAGCACAAAAUGGAACCCAAUAGCCCUAAAAAGAUACAGUUUUCAGUUCCAGUAUUUGAGAGUCAGUUGGAUCCGGAGGCAUCGGAACAGGUAACAUUCUAUUUUCCUCAUCUUAAUAACACAAAGAUGACCUAUUCAGUCUAUUUUUCCUAAAUUUUAUUUGCCUUAAUACAUUUGACUACAGUAGGUAAUAUCUGAAUCUGUCAGGUUUUCUCAUUAGCAUGUUAUAUAAGGUAUAUUAAUGUUCAUAAUUUGUAAACUGUCUAACCCAUAUCCUGAUAGAAUGACAAAAACAUUUAAAUAAAAAAAUAAUUAAAAAAAAUCAAUAAGGCCUUGUAACUGUGUCUAUGACCGUCUACAAAUAUAUAUUUAAAUCAAAUAUUUGGUCUAAAAAUACACACUGCGCAGACAUGAUCGGAAAAUUCCACUAGACCAUUAUUUCGAGAUCAGUCUCAAAACCUAGAGGCCCAAUAAUGUAUUUAUAUAACUCUGUGGCUAACAGCUGGCCUCUAUAUCCUUUAUUGAUAAUUGAUUGUUAAAUGAUACUUUUGUUAUUGGUCAUAUAUCUGUACAAUUAUGAACAAAACAUGUAAAAAUAUUGUUUGCUGUUUAAAAUGUACAUUAUAAAACUACUUUUUUGAGUGUAAUCAAGUUUCAAAUCAGUAUUUAACUCUGCCCAUUAUGUUGGUACACAAAGGGUUACUCUGCCAGUUUGAAUCACCUGCAGAUUAGAUUAUUUAUGUUUAUGGAAUAAAGCACAAUAUUGUUUGCAUUUGAAUGGGGAUAUAGCUAUAGAAAUAGAUUUUUUUAUUUGUUUCUUCAUAUUUUCUUUUUUCUGUUCGUUUUUGUCUCUUUUUUCCUUUCAUUUUUAUUGUAAUUUUCUUUUCUUGAAUUAACAUUUUUUUUUUACUUACCCAAGGUUAUACCAAAGUUGUUGAACUAUAAAACAACUAAAGCAAUGAAGAUUACUAAAAGUAUAAUCUGCAUAAUUUUAUUUAUAUAUUGUAAUUGUGUUCUUAAUGACAGUUAAUUAGUUUGAAAAACUGAAUGCUUCUCCAUAAUGUUUAUUCUACAUAAUGAGUGAGCUAAUAUCUAGCCAUAUGCUGUAAAUUAAUGAUUACUGUUAUUUAUAGCAGGAAGAAUGCCUCAAAAAAAGCUUUUAAAACUAAAAUGUUAUUUUUAUGCCCUCCUUUAAACAUUGAUUUUUUUAUAUUCGGAGAUGAAGCUCUGAGACAUUUAGAGUAGAUGGAAGUAUCAAAUUUCAGCAUAGUCUGUCCUUCGGCUGCUUUUGGAGACAGUCUGAAUUAUUGUAAUGGCUGUUUUGAAAAUUGUAUAAUAAAAUAAAUUGUAUUUAAUUAUCAUACGUUAUUAUCAUAAGAGAUGCAUUAUAUAACCAUUUCACCAUUGUCACUAUUGCUAAAAUAUUGUGGCCAUUUUUUUACUAUUUACGAAAUGUAAACCUUCUUAUAUAUUAUGAUGUCAAUGGGUCUUAUAACACAUUUAAAAUAAAUUGGUUAAAAUGCAAUAUUUUCAUUAAAGGGCACUUUGUGAUUUUCUCAGUUACGUAUGUGUACGUAUCAGUAGUUAAUUAGAAACGCCACGCAGUUUGAAUGAUGGAAUAUUCACACUUAACUUUGAAGCAGGAAGUUUCUGUAAGAGGAAUCAGGAAAUGACAACAGGAAGGACAUAAGGCCUUAAUUUAUUAAUUUUUAAAACAAUUACAAAAAAAAUCACAAUCUGUAAAUGAUUUAUCUACAAAAUUUCACAGACUUUUUUGAUGACUUCUGAAGACAAACAAUUUCAAAUGUUUUUCUAGCAGAUUGUGAUAAUUUGAAAAGUUUAUCCAAAAGAAUUUAAAUAGGUUCCCCUAGGCCUGCUUAAAUUAUUCUAUGAAUAAAAAUCUUAAAUCUUUUUAUUUUUCUUUUACUUCCUAUCAUAUAAAGACAUAUUUCAUCUACAAUUUAUAAUUUAUAUUAUUGUAAAAUUGUGUUCAGGCUUCCUCAUAAGGAACAGCAAGAAUUAAAAACAACACACAAAAUAAAAACACACACAUGGGACCCACAAUAAUAGAAACUUGAAUGUAAUUGCAUAGCAUUUCCCCUACUCUGGUGUUUGGCUGACAGAACGUAGAAACAAAAGUAACAUGAGAGACCCCAGGACUCUACCUGAUCAGAUGGGAAAUGCGAAGAUUCCCCUAUUAGCUCAUGCCAUAAAUAGGAAUGUGAAGGUCAACCAAGUGGGUUAUAGAAAUAUUCCCACCUAUUCCUUUCACUAUCCAGUGUUCAGGAAUGUAGAAUAAUUAAAUGAAUGGAGAGUUCACCUAGUCCAGGCAUAGGCAACCUUCGGCACUCCAGAUGUUUUAGGCUACACCUCCCAUGAUGCUUUGCCAGCAUUAUGGGUGUAAGAACAUUAUGGGGGAUGUAGUGCACAGCAUCUGGAGUGCCGAAGGUUGCCUAUCCCUGACCAAGUUUAUCUCCCCCAUUUCCACACUUCAUGAGCGGCAGAGUUGAAGAUAAUUGGAGAGCUUACAUGCUCUCUUGCUCAUUCAACUUAUUUAAUUAAAAUAAACCCUAUAUAAUACCUUCAAAAGCAAUAAAAUAGAGCCAACCAGAAACCUGCGUAGAUUAGUAGCUUUAACCCAAUGCUACAUUUUUCCCCCUUAUUAAAAUAGUAUAUACUUUAUUUUGAAAGCUGGAUGUUUCGCUACUCCAUAUAGAUAUAGUAUUAAUAGUAAAUAACCGUGACGUGCAAUGUUUGCAACCACUGACGUCAUAGGUUUAAACUUUGUUGCCUUUCCCUUCAAGAGGAAUGAUGAGUGGGACAAUGCGAUUGGCUGCUGUUGUUUUUUUUAUUUGUCUUUGCUUAUUACAAAGCAUGCUGUUGUUUCUUUGAUUAUUUAUUUAUUUAUUUUCGCAUGUCUUUGCAGUUUCAUUCCUGAGCUGCUUGCCCCUUUACAGCUAUACAGCUUGUUCAUUUAAGUUUGGUUUUGAACUUUAAGAUGGUUAUGCACUAAAGUGAGAAACUAAAGUGCAUUAAAAGUGAACUUCAAAUUUAAGGUCACAAUAGUUAAACUGGAAAGAAAAAUCUCUAACCGCUAUAUUUCCAGUUUAAAUACUUUGGUCUUAAAUUUGAAAUUCACUUUGAACUCACCUUAAAUUCCCUCUUUAGUGAAUAACCCUGUUAGUCUUCAAUUUGUUCUGAAAAAAAAGUGAUAAUCUUUUUUGCUGCAAAUUCAACGUUUUCAAAAAAACAAGUAUCCAGUUCAAGGCUUUUAAAAAGCAGAACAAAAAGGAGUAAAUGAGAGAGUUGAGGCACUUAUUAGACAUUUUUCAUACAUGAGAAGCCAAUAAAAGGGUUAGGAGUAGGAAAAAUGCUAGAUUUUAAUGUAUUUAGGGAAUUAGCCAGAACAAUACAAAUCUACCCUUUCUAUUAUCUGUGAUGUAUUCUUGCUUAUUACAUAUUUAACUUUCCUGUUAUUAGAAGAAAUGAAAAAAGUGUGCAUGCCUUUUAGAAAAAAAUCGGACAUUCCAUGCACCAUUGGAACUUGUGCUCUGUGCUUAAGUUUUGAUACAAGGAUGCCCCCCGUCCCCAUAAAAAUAUUGUCUGAGUAGUAAUACGUAGUCAUAGGCCUACACCAUUCAAACAUGUCACACAGGGAAGCCAUGCUUCUCAUUGACUGCACUCGUACAUGUGUGGCAUGCACUAAUAAAACAAACUUAUGUAAUAAAAAAAAUCUCCCCUUUUGGAAUGUGCAUGUCUAAAGUUUCAUUCAUCACAAAACAUGAAUGGAAUAUCUGUCAGCUGAUAUAUAUAUAUAUAUAUAUAUAUAUAUCUUGAUGUGCCUUCUUUCGGCUUGGCUGCACUUUUACUCACAACAUUCCAUAAAGUAAAGUGAUGUCACUGCUGAGCUGAGCAGAGCAGAGAUGUGUUCUAUUGGUUCAGCUCUCCCAUUAAACAUAAUAGAAAUGUUUUGAUUGGUAAAAAGUAUUUCCACUGCUUUCUUGUCUGCACAGAAAUCACUCCAAUUAUAAAUCAUAGUGAUUUCCAGUAAUAUGUGGGCAUUCAACGGUGAGUAUAGCUUUAACAUUUUUAUCUUAUUGCAUAUAUUUAAUGAAUUUUGAAACGUAUUACAUUAAAAUCAACCUCAUAUCCAGCCUGGAGAAUGCCUUUAACCUUUAUACCACUCAUGCCGCAUGUAUGCCUUGACAAAGGAAAGUACUAUUUAUGGCAAAUGAAAUGAUUAUCAUUGUCUGAGGUUUGUACCUAUAUGUUUUGCCCAGAUAAGAAAAAGAAGACCGACACCUGCAUCACUGGUUAUUUUGAAUGAUCACUCGUCCCCACCAGGUUAGUAAAUGUCUCUGUAGAAAACACAAGUAUAUAUCAAGUGAUAGCGAAGGCUGUAACCCAGCAUAGAUAAUCUGAAACUUUGUAUCUGUGGUUGGAUAUUUAUAAAUAAGGGGAAAGGUGGCUUGGAUCCAUGGGCUUUAUUCACUAAAGCAGGAAUUAUAGAGAAAUGGCUAAUUAAUUGUAAAGUUAAGGUAAAAAUAGCUGAGCUCAAUAAAUUGUUGGUUGUAUAAUUUGUUCUGUGCAAUAACUUACUCUGAUGUUUGCAAUUCCCUUAUAAAAUCUCUCUGAUUUACAAUAUAUAAUAUAUAUUUUUAUAUAUAUGUAUCAAGGAAGGUGCACUCACAGGACUUUGUAAAUAAAUGUUGAAGUUCUGUUGUGCAAGUUUUAAACUUCAAGAUUUAUUUACAAAGUCCUGUGAGUGCACCUUCCUUGAUACUUAUACAUUUUUUUAUUUUAUUUUUUGAAGAGGAAGAAAAAUGUUGUCUCUUUUUUUUUAUUGAAAACAUUAGCAUUUCUCAUCCUCAGCCUUAAAUUUUUUAAAUUUUGUUUUUAUUGAUUUCCAUUAAGCGUAACAUACAUCAUUAUAACAUAACAAGGUAUUAAUUUCCACUUUUGUAAACAUAACUGCUGUACAGAACAUAUUUUAUAUAAGAUACUUUUACAAAUAGUCAUACUACUGCUGUAUAGUGUGAUAAAGUCAAGAACCUUUAGUUACGAGUGUACUGAAGAAAGUGUUGUAGCUAAUAGUUCAGAUUUUCCCUAUCUGAAUUCUAGACGGUCCAAUUAUUUCAGUGAGAAGUUUGGGAAUGUCAUCAAUCCUAUUCUGCGUUCCAUUCUGUGGUCGCUGAUGACCAAUUUAUGCAUGGUUGGGGGGGGUUGAGGUCGCGACUGCUGUCGGUGGAUUCUGUGUGUUGGUUGUUGCUGCUGUAACUAUGUGUGUGUUGGCUCUGCUCACUGUCCUUUGCGGCCCUAUUGUUGAUCUUAUGAAGUUGUUCCAUGGAUCCCAAAUGUGGGUAAAUUUACUGUAGUUUCUAGACAUGGCAUACGUUAUUUCCUCCAUCUUUUUGAUUUCCUCUACUCUGUGAAUCCACUCUCUGAAUCCACUCUCUGAUUGAGGGCGGGAGAUCCUGUUUCCAGUUUUUGGGGAUAAGCUGUGCAGCCGCUAUAAUUAGGUGAGUGAUUAGGAUUGUCUCCACUUAUUUGAGGUGAGGAGGAGGCAUUAGUGGGAGAAAAUAUUAUGGUGCUAAAGGGAUUUUAGUGUUGCUGAUUGUUUGGAUGAGAGUGUGUAUGCUUCUCCAGAAUUUGGUUACUCUCUGACAUUUCCAUCAUAUAUGUGCUGGAUUGGCCUCUGAUUGGUGGCAUCUCCAACACUGAUCUUGAGUUGUGUGCUGUAUUUUGUGAAUUUUUGUGGGUGUGUAGUGUCAGCGUGUGAUGCGUUUGUAGUUGCUUUCUUGUGCUGCAGUGGAAGUGGUUGUUGUGUGUGCUUUCGUAAAGAUAGUCUGCCAUUGUUGCUGUCCAGCGUGUAGCGAAUCUGGGGAGAUCGGGGUCCUGUGACUCCCGAACCUGCCUGUACAUAAUAGAAAGUAGUUUCUUUGUCAAUGUGUGUGUGCUGCAUAUCUGUUCAAAUUUCGUCAAAUCACGGUUCCUAUUGGGUAUGAGAUUUUGGCUCUUGAUAAAAUGUGCUAGUUGGUUGUAGUGUAGGUGUUGGUUACCCGUAGGUGUUGUGUUAGUUAGAAUUUGUGAUAGCGGUCUGAUUUUACCAUCCCAAAUCCUGUCCCGGAGUUGUAGGUAAGUCCUGCCAUCGUACAGAGUAUAUGCCACCCCUGAUACCCCUUCUUUGCAUAGUGGAUUGUGUGUGAGUGGGUAUAGCGGAGAGGCAAAUGGUGAUAUCGCCUUUCUUUGUGAGAGUUUGGACCAAAUUUUAAUCGUUGCUUUAAUUGUUGGAUGUUUUUUUUGUAGGUGUGUUAAGCUUGGUGUGAGCCAUGGGAUCAAUCAUAUGGGCGUUUCUAAGAAUGAGUCUUCUAGGACUACCCAUUGUUGCGUCGGGGAACCCUUGGUCUAUUCAUAUAUCCUAGUCAUGUGAAUGGCUUUAUGAUAUGAAUCUAAGUCUGGCAGGUUUACUCCUCCCAUUUCCCUUCUACUGAUUAAGAUUUUGUGUGCUAUUCAGGGGCGUGUGUUGGACCAUAUGAAGUUUGUGAAUGUUGUCCUGAUCGUGUCAAAGAAUUUUCUUGGGAGUUCUAUAGGGAGUGUCUGGAGUAAGUAUAAGAUGUGGGGAUGGUUAUGUCCACAGUUAGAGGAGCGUGGUUUGACCAAGUGAUGGUGCCAUAUGAGGCUGAUUUAAUCAGUGGGAGGUACCUAUGUUGGAAGAACAACAUAUUAAUGCGUGAGUAAGUUCCUGCAGGAGAAAAAGGAGUAAUCCCCUUUUGUUGGGUGGAGAGCCCUCCAACCAUCGUAUAGUUGCGCAUCAUGUAAAAUGCUCCUCAUGUUUUUGCAUGCGUGUGUGAGAUAAUUAUGUGAGGAAGCGGUGGUAUCUAGGUCCGUAUCCAACAAAAUGUUCAUAUCUCCACCCAAGAUUAGUAUGCCUUCCUGGAAUGUAGAUAGUUUGUGUAAGAUCUUUUUUAAGGCUUGAGUCUGUUUUCUGUUUGGUAGGUAUACAUUUGCUAGUGUCAAUGUUGUGCUCCCCACUGUCCCCUUCACAAAUAUGUAUCUGCCUGAGUCAUCUGCUUGUUGAGCCUGGAAUGUGAAUGGUACUUGAUUUCCUAUCAGUAUCGCCACCCCGCUAGAUUUAGCUUCGGCGUAAUGGCUGAAGUAUCCUUUUGGGUAGCUUCGGUUUUGGAGUCCCGGGGCCGAGCCUUUGCGGAAAUGUGUCUCCUGAAGGAAGACUAUCUCUGCUUUGUGUCUAUAGAAGUCUGCUAAUGCCAUAGACCUUUUUUCCGGAGUGCUUAAACCCCUGACAUUAUGUGUGUGUAUCUUAAUUGAAGUCAUGUCUUCGGCUCCCAAACGGGUGUUUGGACGGUAAGCGAGUUUGUACAAUAUCUGUAUGCUACUGAGUGGACCGUGUUACAGUCUACUAUAGGUGGGCAAUUAUAUGUAUAAGAAAAAUACAAAACUAUGUCUAUAAGAGGAAGGUGUUGCAAGUAUCUGUUUACUCUAGACCUUGUAAUCUAGUAGCACUGUCUUCAAAUCUGUAUCCGUGUGGUCUGGUGACCGGUUGAAGAUGUGUUCUCAAUGAGCUAAUAGUGUACGCUUAGUACUUUGCUACAAUCGUUUGAAAAGAGGAUAGUAACUUAGCAGUGUAUAACCAACGAUACAAGUACAAAUAAAAAUAACAACAAAUAAUUCAACUGUAGUCUGUGAUUUUUGAAGGAGCUAUGGCCUUUGUUAUAAACAUUUGUGGCUUUGAGUAAUGUGGGGAUGUGGUAGAAUCCCUUACGCUUGUUGCUUGUACGCCAAUCCUAUAUACUAGAGUGAAGCUUUAGGAGAUCCGGAGGUGAUAUGGUUGAUAGGGUUGCGGGGUGUCAGGGUGUGUAGGAAGGGAUGGGGGGAAGUCAAGUGUAUUUCGUUCUAUGUAGACCAGUUAAGUGGGGGUUAAAAGGUUUGCUGUGUCAUUACAUACGUCAUAUCCUACAGUAGUGUAGUAGUGGUUUGCAAAAAUUUGGGACAUAUAUACAAGCACAUUUAUAAAAGUGAUAUGACCUGUUUAUCGCUGGUUUGUCAAUUUGCCCAUUACUCCAAGUCCACUUGAAUUGAGUAAACAGUUCAAUAGUAAUUUAGACAUAUAUAUGUGGGCUAGUGAACUUGCCCAAGAUCGUGAGCAGGCUGUUACCAGUCCCUUCUAGAUUGGAUCUUGGUAAGUAUGCGAGCUCGUUUUGGAGAGAAUAUUCGGAACGGAGGAGGGGUUGCGGUUCAGGGGUACCAAUUUCUUUUUUCCGAGAAAAGUGUCCUUUAAUGUUGGUUGCCUCUUUGAGUUGUUGCCUGAUUGCGGUGAGGGGAGAAGAGGUGUUGAUCCAUUCUUCUUUUCUUCGCCGGGGUGUUCCAUCUUUGUUUUUGCAGGAGGCCAGAAAUUUCUGGGUUCAGUUGGGGAGAGUAUCAUUGUGUCUUGGGGUUCAAGAGCUCUGAGGAAGGGGAUUACAUCCAAAUGUGUUGCUAUCGAGUAGGUGUUGCCCUUGUUGGUUACUAUGAGGGAAAACAGAAAACCCCAUCUGUAUUUGAUGUUGCCGUUCCGCUGAUAUUCCUUUAUUGGUUUAAGUGCCCUUCUAGCUUGCAAUGUGUACCUAGAUAGGUCAGGGUAUAUUUGUAUUGGGUUUCCAUGAAACAGGAGCGGUUGUGAUGUGUCCCUUAGGGUCCUCAGUAUAGUGUUUUUGAUUGAGAAGUAGUGUACCCUGCAUAUAACGUCUCUUGGGGCCUCAGGUGUCAGUCCUCUGGGGCGUAGGGAGCAGUGGGCUCUGUCCAGCAUCACCUGGUUGUCAUUCGCUUCACCGAGUAUUAAAUUGAAGAGCUCAAUGAGGGUCGACAUCACGUCUUCCCCUUGGGCCUCUGGUAGGCCUUGUAUGAGUAAAUUAUUUCUGCAGCCCCGGUUAUCGAAGUCAUCUAUAUGACGCUGGAUAGAGGACAUGAAGUGAGAUUGGGAUUGUAUUGUAGAAGACAGGUUUGUUAUUUGAGGUUGUAGAAAGUCACGUUCUUCUUCUAGGUCUGUAACUUUGAGACUCACUUGGUUAAUGUCAGAGCCCAUCGCCUCCAUUUUAGAUUGGAACAUCGCUUCCAGUUUCCCUAGCAUGUUUGCCAAAUCAGUUUUGGAUGGCAGGUUCCGCAGUAUUUCUUUGAUGUCUGCUUCUGAACCCGUAUCCAUAGAUUUGUGAGAGCCCUUGGAUGGUGCCGGGCUUGGCGGUAUCAUGUCCGCCUGGUUUUCUGGUUCCGCAAUCUUGGAUUCCGUGGCCUCCGCCUCGUGGUCUAAUGAAUCCUUAAAAUAUCGGGUGAGCGAGCCCGAUUUCAAAGAGGGAGUCUUUCCUGACAGCCCCUGAAGUUGGUUCUGUCUUUUGGGGUUACCCAUGUUCGCUUUAGGUCUCCGAUUAAGUUGGAUUUUUGCCCGGGUUUCUGGGAGCCUAGUUAGUGCACGUCCAUUCAGCUCCGCGGUUGGCCACGCCCCUGAUACUUGUAUUUUAUCAUAAGUGAUUUGCACCCAGGCAAGGACAAGACCAGGAGAGUGAUUGCUGGAUCCACGUGCAUUUUUAUAUAUCGCAACAUUUUGUUAAUCGUAAAAUUUUUUACUGAAAUAGUUUCUAAAAUAAUUCUUUUUUUUUUCACCACUAGUAGUUAACAUAUUGCUGUUUUUUCCUUACUUUUAAUAAAAUGCAUGUAUCAAAGUUGUAUUGGGUUUUACCCAGCGUAACUUGGAUGUUUUGCAUUUUUUUAAAUAAGCAUCCCCCAGGACUGGUGCAGGGAUUUUUAUAGACUUGGCCAGUAUGUAACAUCUUCCUACGCUCUCUCUUACCUACCAGCCUCUUUCUGUGUAUUCCUAUCCCUGCUUUUAUCUGCAUUUGCCCCUUUUCCCAAUCACUAUUCCCACAAGGUUUUUAACCUCAUUCAAUUCCCAGUCUCAGCUCCCCAUCAUUCCAUCUCUCGUACUUCUCCAUCUAUUCCUCCGUUUCCCUUCUCCAUAAAUAUCUUUCAUCUGAACUUAAACCCAAGUUCCCUGUUCUCUUCCCUAUCCUGCACAUGGUGUAUCUGUCUAUCCACCUGUCUCUUUUAGCUAACUUUAUAAUUCUGCGAUUAGAGUUUCUUCUGUAUAUGGUUGUGUGAGUGUAUGUGAGGGCUGCUUGUGUAGUAGCAGAUUUGUAUGAUCAUGUCACGUUGUUCCAUUAACAAAACUUUGAAGAGCACUGUCAGCAGCUUUUGUAGCUCUUAAAUUCAUCCUAUGGCAUGAUGAAUGGAACUGCUGCCAAGUGCUGAACUAUAUGUUCCAUAAACCCAGGCUUUCUUAAAGUUAUUGCAAGCACAUUUAUUGGCUCAGCUAUUUCCUGGUCUGGACAGAGCUCUCUGUAAAAGGUAGCAAUAGCGUCAGACUCCUGCAAAAUUCAUAUUAGACUUCUUGUCCUGGGAUGGCUAAUGACAUCCCAAUGAUGUUGCCAGAGGUGGGUUUACAACAAAUCAGUGAAGUGGUUAUGGUGCCUUGAGUAAACCUUAAUGUUUUUGGCAGUUUAUUAUGCACACAAAAACAUUUUGCGGCCUCCUUAGUGCUACGGUCAUAUUGUGAAAUCAUACAAACCACACCAAUGUAUGCUCUGCCCGUAUGAUAUCACAAUGUGCCACUCAUAUGAUCUGCACAUGUCAGAUAGCUCACUAAUUUUGUAUAGUGAUGUGGGAUUACAAUAUUUAAGGAUAAAUUAUGGAGCUAUCUUCUAAACAGCUGAGAGCUGAAAAUGAAAAAAAGCCUUUUUUUCCCCUUAAUUUUGAUCUUCAAACUGUUAGAUUAAACAACCCUCUAAAUUGCUACAUUUAUGUGAGUUUGCCAUAUUUAAGGACACUAAAUAACAGAGCUAUCUGCUAAACAGCACCCUAAUUUGGGCUAUCUUCUAAACACAUUUUCAUGCACACACAAUCACGGACAUACACAGUCAUUACACAUUCUAUGUAGUGAUGCUGGCAUGACAACAUAUCCAGGCUGCCAGCACACUGUCGGGCGUAAGAGGGAACUGUGCAGAGAGAACACAGUAAUUAUGUAUACAGUUUCCUUGCCAUCUAUUCACUGAUAAAAUUGUGCAGGGUAGGCACCUGCAGUGUGGACAGGCAGCAUAGGCGUGCGCACGGGACGUGCCGGGUGUGCCUGGGCACACCCUAAUCCCCGUGGCACGCCCAUGGUUUGAGUCCUGCAGGAACAGCGUUCCUGCACUUUUUUUUGAGCAGGAACGCUGUUCCUGCAGGCCCUCUGCGCCCCCUGUCUCACCUCUUGCCCCUGUCAUGGGGAGGGCAAGAGGUGAUGGAUUCCCCCCCUCUCUCCCAGCUGUCUGCUCUCUUCUCCCUCUCGCCGCGCGCCGUUUGCCGAUGCCGGUAGCCGGAAUAUGACGUCAUAUUCCGUCUCCCAGCUACAGCAGACAGCCCGCGCGGCGAGAGGGAGCAGACAGCUCAAUCGCCGCGGCUGAGCUGGAGAGAGGCGCCCGCCCCACUGGACCCCAGGGAAAAGUCCACGCCAGCACUCCAGGUAGGGAGGCUGGGUGGACAUUGUAUUAUUAAAAUAUAAUAAUUUGUAUGUGUGUGAGUGUGUGUCUGUGAGUGUAUGUGUGUGUCUGUGAGUGUAUGUGUGUGUGUGUGUGUCUGUGAGUGUAUGUGUGUGUGUGUCUGUGAGUGUAUCUCUGUGUGUGAGUGUGUGUCUGUGAAUAUGUGUGUGUCUGUGAGUGCAUGUGUGUGUGUGUCUGUGAGUGAAUGUGUGUGUGUGUCUGUGAGUGAAUGUGUGUGUGUCUGUGAGUGUGUGUCUGUGAGUGUAUGUGUGUGAGUGUGUGUCUGUGAAUGUGUGUGUGUGUGUGUCUGUGAGUGUAUGUGUGUGAAUGUGUGUGUGUCUGUGAAUGUGUGUGUGUCUGUGAGUGUAUGUGUCUGUGAGUGUGUGUGUGUACGCCACAUAUAUAUAUAAAUAUCUAUCUAUAUAUAUAUAUAUAUAUCUAUAUAUAUAUAUAUAUAUAUAGAUAUAGAUAUAUAUAUAUAUGCACACACACGUGUAUAUUUUUUUGGGGGGGGGGGUGGGAAUCCCGAACUCCCCUGUCGACUUGCGCAGAGCCGGCGCUAUCUGAGUGCCGGCUCUGCUCUAAGCCUCCAUGGGCCGGCGGGGAGACCAGCCCACAGCAGCAUGGAGGGAGGCAGGAGAGGACCCAGGGAGCUCUAGACAGAAGCUCCGCCAGGUUCCUCUCGCGAUAUCUCGUGAGAGUUAACUCUAGCCCCGCAGGCUAGAGUUCACUCUCCACUGGACCACCAGGGAUGGCACAUGGCAGCAAGGAUUUACAAAUCUGCCCCCACCUCCACAAUCCCUCCAAACAUACAGCACCUACACACAUACAGCUCACACACACAGUACACUAACCGCACCCUCACAAACACACACAGCACCUUUAAAAAAAAAACACAACACCCUCACACACAGCACACUAACAGCACCCUCACAAACACACACAAACAGCACCCUCACAAAUACACGACACUCACACAAACAGCACCCUCACAGGACAAACACACACACACAAACAGCACAGUCACAAACACACACACACAAACACCCUCACAUCACACUAACAGCACCCUCACACACACAGCACACUAACAGCACACACAGCAGUGUAUGUGUGUGUGUGUGUGUGUGUAUAUAUAUAUAAAUAUAUAUAUAUACACACACACACAUGCGGCGUGUGUUUGUGCUUUAGGGUGCACACCCUAAUGCAAUAGGCUGCGCACGCCUAUGGCAGGCAGGUGCCUUCUUACUCAUUUAAGAUCUACCACCUGUACAGUGGUGGGCACCCCACCAGCGUUUGUGCUUGAGGUGGGGGGGCACAUGAGGCAAGGACUAAUCCAGGGAUGGCAAUUGCCCCUUGUAAUGACGCCUGUGAGUGUUUCAAAUUGUUUGAUAUUUAUUGGUGAAUGUAUGUUGCAAAAUGGAGUUACUAGUUAACUAGAGGAAAGUGUUUAAACAGACAACACACCAGUUGUAUGGUAAAAUUGCUCCCUAGAAUAUUGAUGAAUGUGUAUGAUCAUUUAUAAGUUUAAUUAGUGUUAUAUCUGUUAGUGUCAACAAAAUGUUGCAAGGGAAGACACAUUCUGAUUGCAAUUUCAGUGAUUCCCUAAGGCUACAGGGGUAACAGGAGAAACCAGAAUAUAACAAUAUGAUAGCCCAAGGACACAGAAACUGUGUAUAUACUGUGUGUAUAUAUAGAUAUAUAUAUUAAUCUCUCUCUCUGUCUCUCUUUCUCUCUCUGUCUCACUCUCUCUCUCUCUCUCUUUCUCUACAUAUAUAUAUAUAUAAAUAUAUAUAUACGUAUGUAUGUACAGGUGGCCCUUGUUUUGUGACCUACCUGCUUUGCGACGGCUUGCACUUACGACUGGCUCUCUCGCGGGGUGGUAAGUGCGAGCCAUCGUGGGAAUUAGAGGGAUUCCCUGCUCUGCUGCAUUCUUCUAUAUUCGGGAUAUUUCCCUGAACAUAGAUGAACGCAACAGAGCAGGGAAUCCCUCUAAUCUAUGUUUGGGGAAAUUUCACCAAGCAUAGAUUAGAGUGAUUGCCUGCUAUUGUGCGUUCGUCUAUGUUCGGGAAAUGUCCCUGAAAACAGACAUGCACACCAGAGCAGGGAAUCCCUUAAAUUAAAUUUCCCUGAACAUAGAUUAGAGUUUUUCCCUUUUCUGUUGCCUUUGUCUAUGUUCAGGGACAUUUCCCCGAACAUAGAAGAUGGACAAUGGCACUCGCUCCUAGAUACAAAAUUCCAUAUACUAUGCCUGGUGCCAUGGCCAGCACUACCAUAAGAUGGCACAGGCAGUUGCCUUAAAGCACACUGGCCUUAGAUGUGCAAUGCCUGGGUGACAGGGGGGGGGGGGUGUAAAACACAGAGCUUCACUCUCCCUUUCCAUGCCUGGACUAGCUCAUUGGGCUGCUGUACUCUGGGGCUGGCCAUUACUGAAGGGAAAAAAAGCAGGUGGGAUGGGUCCAGUGGAGCAAUAGGAGGUAAGUGGAGUGGUCCUAGCAUUAUGGGCUAAAGAGAUGCAUGACAUCAUGUCCGUGAGGCCAAGUGGAGAGAGAAAAGGGGCAGCAAGACCCGCUGGGACCCCUGUUUAACACUAGUAAGAAACAGAUUACAUUUAAAUCUGCAGUGAGUGUGUAUGAGCCAGUAUGUGCAUAUGAGCCAAUGGAUGUCUGUGCAUUUAUCAGUAAAACUUUGACACUGAGAAUGAGUAUGGAUCAAUGACCGUUGGUGCGUGUCAAAGAGUGUGUUCAUUCCUAAAGAUUUUUCCAUAUAAAAAGAUCAUUGUGAACCUGCAACCACACAGGGCACUAUGUCCUUGCAAAUAGCACGGUCCUCUUGGGUAUUAAAUAGACACAGUAUUGUUAAAUCAAAGAAAUCCAGAUAAUUUAUUACACAGUUCACUUCAGGAAGCAGCAUUAGAGACAAAUCACAAAACAAAACAUCCCUUCAAACAAAAUCCUAUCUCAUCUGAGCACUUACUAACAUUAAUAUCCCUGACUAUCAAGGUUUAAACUAAAUAACACACAGGCUUCACCAACCUUAUAGAACGGCAGUUUUCUGCACUCCAGUCCUCAAAUAAGAAAUAAGUCUUCCUUAUGAGUCUUGCUGAUGCCGUGGGAGCCGGAAUAUGACGUCAUUCCAGCUCCCGGCAUCAGUAGACGGCCCGCGAGGGAGCAGAGCAGGGAGAUCACAGCUCCCUUGCCGCCGCUGAUUCUAACACAGCUGCACACCUCCCAACAGCCCCACUGGACCCCAGGGAAAGAUCCACACCAGCUCUCCAGGUAGGGAGGCUGGGUGGAAAAUGUUAAUUUAUAAUUGGAAUAAUUAGUGAGUGUAUGUGUAUGAGUGCAUGUGUGUGUUUGUGUGUUUUUUUUGAGCAGGAACGCUGUCCCUGCAAGCCCUCAGCGCCCCCUGUCUCACCUCUUGCCCCUGUCAUGGGGAGGGCAAGAGGUGAUGGAUUCCCCGCCUCUCUCUCCAGCUGUCUGCUCUCUGCUCCCUCUCGCCGCGCGCCGUUUGCCGAUGCCGGGAGACGGAAUAUGACGUCAUAUUCCGUCUCCCAGCUACAGCAGACAGCCCGCGCGGCGAGAGGUAGCAGACAGGUCCCUCGCUGCGGCUGAGCUGGAGAGAGGCGCCCGCCCCACUGGACCCCAGGGAAAAGUCCACGCCAGCACUCCAGGUAGGGAGGCUGGGUGGACAUUGUAUUAUUAAAAUAUAAUAAUUUGUAUGUGUGUGAGUGUGUGUCUGUGAGUGUAUGUGUGUGUGUGUGUCUGUGAGUGUUUGUCAAAUCAGUGAGAGUCUGUCAUUGAGUGUGUGUGUGUGUGUGUGUGUGUGAGACUAUCAGUGUGUCUGUCAAUGAGUGUCUAUCAGUGUGUGUGUCAGCAAUUGUGUGUGUGUCAAAUCAGGGAGUUUGUGUCUGUCAGUGACGUCUGUGUGUGUGUGUGGCUGUCAGUGUGUAUCUGACAGUGUGUGUCAGUCAGUGACUGUGUGAGUCAAAUCAGUGAGUCUGUGUUUGUCAGUGACGUCUGUGUGUUUGUCAUUGAGUGUGUGUGUGUGAUAGUCCGUGUGUAUCAUCCAAUAUGUGUCUGUCAGCUGAUUUCCUGGCACUAUGGUAUCCCUUUAAAAAGAGUAGGAAAAGGUGGAGUCUAAAGAGGAAGGGGUGGGUUCUUAAUAAGGAGGAGGUGUGGCCUUUACAGGAAUGGGUGGGGUAAAUUUAGAUUAGGGGGUGCCCUGGUUUAGUCAUGCCUAGGGCAGCACAAAACCAAAAUACACCACCGGACCCAGCCCUUAUUGUCUGUAAUUGUGAAAUAGAGUAUGUGUCUGUCUGUAACUGUGUGUGUAACUGUCUGCCCAUAACUGUCUGGUGUAACUGCCUGCUAGUAACUAGUGUCUGUUACUGCCUGUAACUGUGUGUGUGAGACUGUCUGCCUGUGAGUAACUGUGUGUGUGUGACUGUCUCCCUGUGACUGUGUGAGGCUUCCUGUAACUGUGUGUAACUGUCUGCCUGUGACUGUGUGACUGCCUGUAACUUUGCUUGUGUGACUGCCUGUAACUGUGAGUGUGUGUAACUGUCUGCCUCUUACUUUGUUUGUGUAACUGUCUGCCUGUAACUGUGAGAGACUUUGUGCCUGGGACUGUGUGCAUGUGACUGUAUUUGACAGUAUAUGUGUAUAACUGUGUGCAUCUGACUGUGGGACUGUGUGCAUGUGACACUACAAAAAUAGUGUGCACUCACACAUGGGCCUUACUGCAACUGUAGUUUUUAAUCUGAAAUAAAUAACCAUCCCAAAUAUUACCACCCCCCUCCUCCCUGCAACAUAACAACAGCAAAGUGGGAAUUAAUAUUUCUAUUUUAUUUAUUUUAAUAAUUGUUCAUUUAAUAAACAAACACUAAACCCCUAUACAUACACUAUAUGUGACCAGUGAGGGGCGCUGUGAAGAUCUUUUGCAUUAUUUUCAUAGUUAAUAAAUAUUCAUGAAUCAGAAUUAAAUUCUGAUGUGUGCUCUGUUUUUUAUUUCUGCUUAUUUGUCUUGGCUUAUUUGCACUUUCUGUAUAGCGUAUCCAUAAAAACUUCCUUUUUUGUGCCAAAAUGUCUGUUCAAAUGUGCUUUAUUGAAUCAAAUUCUUUAUUAGCUUUGAAUCAAAUCUUAACUAUAUAUGGAUAAUAAGCCUCUGAUUUACUGUUGUGAUUCAGGUGUUUAACGUGCUAAAUAUACAUUGGCACAGCGUUGGAUGGUGUCAGGCUCAUCCUGAAAUUAUGAGGUUACAGACAAUCAUAUUACUUUAUAUACACAUAAUGGCAUUCAAGAUUUGACCCCUAUUUGAUCGUAGAUCACCAUUUCCUUCAGAUUACUGUCAUAAUUUUUCAUUGCCAAGCUCACAAUGAAACCAAUAUACAAUGCUUUAUGUUACUCAAAACUUGUCGAAACUAAUGAAUAAUAACUAGUGAUAAUGUUGGGUUCAAAUAUUUGACCCUGAGUCUAUAACUUACUUCUUUAUAGAUUUCUAAACUACUACUACUAUGAUUUGUUCAGUGUUCUGUGCCAAAUUGCAAUGAACUCCUUUAACUUCACAUUUGUCUAUGCAAACAAGUAACUAGAAAAUUGCCCUGCUCCCCCUCAUUCCCCUACAUUUUUCAUUCACCCCUCCCCAUGUGUUUCAUUCCCUCCCCCAGGUGUCUCAGUCACUCUCUCCAGCCCCUCCAUGUGUGUCAUUUACCCCCCAGCCCCUCCAUGUGUGUCAUUCUCCCCCAGCCCCUCUCUUUGUCUCAUUUCCCCUAGCCCCUCCAUGUGUCACAUAUCCUAUCCCCCUUCAGGCCCUCCAUAUGUCAUAUUCCUUCUCCCCCACAGCCCCUCCAUUUGUCACAUUACCCCCUCACCACCCCAGCCCCUCCAUUUGUCCAUACCAACUUUCUGACUCUGUGUAGCACAGCCGAAUGGUACCAUUCUGGGAGGAAGUACUCUCUCAAUGAGCACUUCCCGUGAGGCCGCAAUCCGUUUGGCUGCACUACACACAGAGAUCGUCAGGAGGGGAGCCGCACAGGACAGCACUUCCCUCCUGCCGGUCACCUGGCAACCACAGGCCCUGGGCUGCCACACCAGCCCUGAAGUUGUGGUAGCCUAUGGUCACAGGGGUCAAAUCUGCAGCUGGACCACGUGGAGUGACUGCUCGGUGGCAGCUGUGACCCCUGCGACCGUGGUCGGUGCACCACUGGCUGUAACGAUUAAAGGUGAAUUGUACAUGCCUAAAGGGAUGUUUGGUGCUGCUUUUCAGUGGUGCAGUGUGAGUUGCCAGUUCCCGGGGUAAGGUAAGUAUUGUGUCCCCUAACCUGUGGAGCAUUAGCACUCCCCGAGUCUCUUAACGGGUGCCUAGAUUGUCUUGCUCCUCCUUUCCUACCCACCUUGUCUCUGUGAUUUGUAUAACAUUGACAGUUGCGUAAUUUUUAAAAACCACCUCACGCCUAAAAUAAUGUGUAUAGUCUAUAAGCUAGUGAGACCAUUUAAUAGGCAUUUACAUAAUGCCUAUUAUUAGCUUGAUUUACCGUUUGAAGUUAGCUGCGGUAUUAAAUAACUGAUAAGGAUUAAAUGAGGACAAUAUGGCUGUAAUUAGCAAGUAAAAUACUGUAAAAUUUUACGUGGUAACGUUUAUUUGCCCCUUCAUGUUGAAAAACUGUAGAAUGUUUGAACAUUUGGGAGAUUUUCUGUGUAGGGGAGGGUGUGUUAUUUUUUUUUUAUUUUUUUUAAAUUUUGUAAUUUUGCGACCAUAAUAAUUUUGCACCCAGAGCAAAUGCCCCUGUGGCCCACCCUACACUACACCACUGCUGCCUUCCCUUUCUUUACCCUAGUGCUCCCUUCCGUACACUGAUUGUGCACACAAUGCAUGUCCACACCAUACACAUAUUUUGCACUAGUAAUGAAGUUUAUUUAUAAUCCACUAAACAGAGGGGAUGAACUUGGUCUGCUGGGUCAAUGGUUUGGCAAAAACCAGAAGGGCUUCACCAAUAACACCUCGCUUUAUAACUAACCACUGCAAUACACUGUAGUCUUUAUGGUCAGGGCCAGAUUAACAGCCCAGUGGGCCUGGUGGUGACAAUUAUGACGGGCCUAAUUAAAGAAUCAUAUCGACCUAAAACACUCCCAAGCGUCAUGUAUCUGAUGGAGAUGGUGCUGGAGAGAAAGAAAACAGCAGCUAUAAGAAAACAAAUACCCUAUGCUAAUCUCCCUCUAAUUUAUGUUUUCAUCUUUCAAGUAAAUCCAUAACCCCUAACAGCAGUGUCCAGUCAAGCAGGAAGUCAAUGGGCAUGGUAAAAGGGUGUGCCACUGACACAAAUCAUGUGACCUGCCAAAAGGGGCUAACAUGCCCAAAAAGAGGACAUCUGCCCAAAGAAUUAGAAGGCCAGCCUGGCAUGAAUGCAUGUCAGACUGCCUGACAAUCAUGCAGCUGGCCAACUAAGGGCAUACUAUGCAGACAGCACCCUGAGCUUGGCAUAAAUGCACCUAAUGAUGCGCUCGCUCAACGUUUUCUAAGGACUGUCCCCUAGCACUCUCUGGUCCGCUUGUCUCCUUACCUUCUUACUAGCAGGCAGACGCUCCUGGUAUAUAGUCUGGGACAGAGAAAAGCUGUAUGUAGUGAGUGUAGAAGAAAGGGAACAUGCCACAGUGUUAGAGAGACCAAAGUCAGCAUUACCUUAAAGGAUCACUAUAAGGUCAGGAACACAAACAUGAAUUCCUGUCCCUAUAGUGUUAACACCACCAUCUAACCCCCAUGGGCCCCUCAUGCCUCCAUAAAUAUAGUAAAAAUCUUACUGUAUUCAAGCCUGAAGCUGUAACUCUGCAUGCUGUUAGACUCAGAAAAACAAGCAGUCUGCUGACAUCAUUAGAAGCGGUGGCCUGAUCCAAUCACAGUGCUUCCCCAUAGGAUUGGCUGAGACUGACAAAACGGCAGAUCAGGGGCAGAGUCAGCAUGAUUCAAACACAGCCCUGGCCAAUCAGCAUCUCCUUAUAGAGAUGAAUUGAAUUAAUGAAUCUCUAUGAGGAAAGUUCAGUGUCUGCAUGCAGAGGGAGGAGACACUGAAUGUUUGGAUGCAUUUUAGGCAGCCAUGACCCAGGAAGGAUCUCUAACAGCCAUCUAAGGAGUGCCCAGUGAAGUUAUCACUAGGCUGUAAUGUAAAGACUGCAUUUUCUCUGAAAAGACAGUGUUUACAGCAAAAAGCCUGAAGGUAUUGAUUCUACUAACCAGAACAAAUUCAAUAAGCUGUAGUUGUUCUUGUGACUAUAGUGUCCCUUUAACUAUAUUCAUUGUCAGCCAGUCCACACAAGUUUUGUUCCCAUACGUCCCUCUUAAGUUUCCAUAUUUAAGCAAGAGUAUGUGAAAAGUAGUUAGGGUUGCCACCUUUCUUGGAAAAACAGACUGGCCUUACUAAUUUGCAUAAUUAAAUAUGUAUGGGUGAUAUCACAUGAUGUAAAUCACAAGGAGUGACAUAAGAGAAAAUGCUGUAAAAUCACCAAAAAACUAUUUAGUGUUUCCCAGUGCCUCCAUGUGUUGAUUACUCCAGGUCUCAGCGUUCCUAUGUAUCAGUGUCUCAAUGCCCCAUGUCUCCCUGUGUCCUCCAGUAUUCCCAUGUGUCUAUGUCCCCAUGUAUGUGUCACUAGGACACUAGGAAGACGGGGAGACCUGGGGACACGGGGAGACCUAGGGACACAGAGACACCAGUGACACUGGGAAACUAGUGGACACUGGCUCAGACACAUGGGGCCACUGGGAAAAUAGGGGACACUUGAAGACAUGGGGACACAGACACUAGAGACACUGGCUGGGGGACAUGGGGACAUUGAGACAUGGGGGCACUGGGAGACAUGGAGACUCUGAGAUACCAGGGCCACAGACACUAGGGACACUAGCUUGGAGACAUGGGGACAUUGAGACACUUGAGGCACUGGGAGACAUGGAGGCAUUAGGGUACAUGGGGACAGUGAGACACUGGGAGACUAGGGGGUACUGAGACACCAGGGACACUGGCAGGGGACAUGGGGACACGGUGUCCCCAUGUGUCUGUCAUAAUGUCUCCCAAUGUCCCUUAGUGUCUCAGUAUACGUCUCCUUGCAGCCUUCCCCCCAUCCCUUACUUCCCUGAGCUGUAGGCUGUCUCUGCAGGGUGGGAGUUGCUGUCUGGACUCUCUGUAGCUGCACCCCUGCAGGUCAGUGAGUAUAGAUAGACAGGGAGAGAUUUGCUGGAACUUCCUAUCUCUGCCUGUCUCUACACACAGCGACCCCUACUGGCCAGUGCUAGUAUUGCAUAGUAAUCUCUUGUUUAUCCUGAGAAAAAUACCAGCAUUUGUCUUGCCAAUAUCACUGCAAUAUUGGCACCAGCCAGGCAGCCUCAAAUACUGGCUGUGCCAAUAAAAUAAAAGCCAGGUGGAAUCCCUAAGAGUAGUGUGUGAAAAAUUAUUAUUUUUUUUUUUUUUAAAUCAAUGGGCCUAUUCCAUGGGCCUGGGCCUGGAGCUGCAGCUCCAUCAGCCUCUAUGUUAAUCCGGCCCUGUUUAUGGUGCUUAUAAUGUUGAUUUCACAGUAGUAACUUUUGGCAAUUAUAUUUUCAGUUUUAGUUUGUGUUGCAAUUAUGUUUACUCUGUUAUAAAAACGCACUUUUUGAAAAUCUAUAAAACAACCAUAAACUGUUAUACAUUUUAUAUGACAAUCACAAGUUUGAUUGUAACAUAGCCAUCCAUCUGUCCUUUGCCAAGAUUUUUUUCUGCAAGGUUCAGUGCAAUUAAUAUCAAUCAAAGACGUAUGUUGACUGAGAGUAAAAGUGCUUAGCAAUGUCUUGAUACAGUAAUUGAUCCAAAUUUCAGUUUAUUGGUAGCAUUUAUUUACAUAAAAUAUUGCAAUAUCCUGGAGAUGUCUACCAGCAUUAAAUAUGUCUUAUCAAAAGAUGGCAUUUACUGUACUUGUAAAGUGGAUCGAUAAUUUACUGCCUGCGAUGCACUUAAGAAAAUAAUGUUCUGUUUAGAGUGCUUCUAAUUUCAGAUACCUCGGUAAUCUUUUGGCAGAUUCUGACUUCUUCCUAUUAACCUGGAAUCAAAUUAUUGUUGCAACAAAAUUAAAGGUCCAGUAAAACUCCUUUUAUCACAUGGCCCAUGUUUGAUCUAUAUACCACGAGAUAACGGCAACAAUUAGAGGAGUAGUUCAGCCAAACAUAGGCAUAGCUCUGUCUGGGAGCAAUGGUAGCAUCUUACUUUAGCACACUACCCUACAAAAUAUUAACAUUUAAGCCUGGAGUAAAACAGACAAUUAGAUCUGUUGAAUGCAAGUUGAAGAGAAGAAAAGGACUUUAAGAUUUCAGUAAAUAGGUAACAUCAGUGGCGUACACACAACCCAUUGGGGCCCCGGUGCGAAAACUGAUCCGUGGGCCCCCCAUCCGCACUUAUUCUGCGUGGGUCAGGGCCGCAACACAGGGCUGUGACCCCUGCGACCGCGGUAUGUACGCCAGUGCAUGCAGAUACACAUACACUUAAAGGACCACUACAGAAGUGGUCAAUGAAGCUCAAUGAAGUGGUCUGGGUGCCAGGUGGUCUGGGUGCCUCUAGUUUUAACCCUGUAGCUGAAAACAUAGCAGUUUCAGAGAAACUGCUAUGUUUCACUGAGGGUUAAUCCAGCCUCUAGUGGCCGUCUCAUUGACAGCCGCUAGAGGAGCUUCCGUGAUUCUCACUGCGAAAAUCACAGUGAGAAGACACUGAACGUCCAUAGGAAAGCAUUGAGUAAUGCUUUCCAAUGGGCGGUUUGAAUGCGCGCGGCUCUUGCCGCGCAUGAGCAUUCGGAACUGAGCGGUGGAUCGGGGCAGAGGGAUCCACAGCGCCAAGGGAGUCCGGCGCUGGAGAAAAGUUAAGUGCUGAAGACACACACACACACUCUCACGAACAGACACAUACACACAAGCUAACAUACACACACUCUCACGAACAGACGCAUACACACUAACAGACACACACAUUUACUGACAGACACACUCUCAGUGACAGACAUACAUACACACUCACUGACAGACACAUACACACUCACUUACAAAACACACACUCACUAACAGACACCAAACAGACUCACUAACAGACGAACACAAACUAACACACUCAGUAACACACACACAGUAAAACACUCACUGACACACACAAACUAACACACUCACUGACACACACACACAAACUAACACACACACUGACACAAAAACUAACACUAACACACACACACACACACACACUCCAGCACUAACACACACACUCUAACACACACACACUAACACAUGUUUAAAAAAAAAAAAAAAAUGAAUCCCCCAGCCUCCCUACCUUUGGGAGAGCGGAGGGGAUUCCCUGGGGUCCAGUGGUGUUAACGGGCGGUCAGGCUAGCGGGCGCGCAUCAUCUUCCGGCUCCUGCAUCAGUACGUAGCGCGAGGGAGCUGGGCAGGGAGCACUCAGGGGAGAGUGCUCCCUCGCGCGCCCGCCAACCGGGUAAUACCAGGGCCAGCUUUGGGGGGCCCUGGAGAAGAGGCUGGCCACAGUGAGUACAUACCUCAUAACAUCCAUCUAUGGGGGUUGUGGAUGAAUCAAAAGCAAGAGUCGUGUCAAUCAAAUAUAACAAAGCAGUGACUGUUUUGCAAACAGAACUCUGGAAAAAUAAAUAGUAAGGAGUUUGAUCAAUGUUGAAUCCCCUAGUAACAUACACCAUACUUCAUUCCAUAAUAACAUGACACAUCAUUCUACAUUCCAUCCCCUAGUAACAUACACCAUACUUCAUUCCAUAAUAACAUAUGCCAUGUUAUUCCAUGCUAUGCCAUUAUCAUAUCUUCUUUGUCAUUCGUAGUGCACUCUAUGAUGUCAUUUUCUAUGUCAACCGCUUGUGUAUCCAAUGAUCCAAAAUUUGUCAUUCCAUAUUGCAUCAUUCCAUUUACAACACGCUGUAAUGGUUAUAGUGCCAAAAGUGCCCUAGCACCUCCUAUUCUAAAUAGUCAAAUUAUUUUAGAACAUGAUGCUAUGCACUGCAGGGCAUAGCUCAAGAGAGGUAAAGGGAGCUCAAUAGAAGGUAACCUUGUAGUGGUUUUAGUGUUUGAAGUAUUGCUUUAAAUAAACUGGAUACUACAUUGCACGUGAUUUUCAGACGGCCUAUGAAUUCAUGUGUGCAUAUUAUAUUGAGUGAAUGUGCUAGUGUCAGUAUUUGUGAAUGCAAAGAUAUAUUUAUGAGUGUGAAUGCACAGAUGUAUUUCUACAGUCUCAAAUGUUACCACAGCAUCCAGUUGUAGAUGGCAACGAUGAACCUAACGUUUUAUUCAGCUUAAAGGGACAUUCUAGAUUUGGAAAGCUGAAGUGCUUUCCGUGUGAUGAGAGUGUCCUUUUUUUCAUUUUACAAAAAGUGCAGAUAUCAGUAGAAAUUGACACUUUUAUAAAUUAACCUAGUUUCACCCUAGUCGGUCAGGCAGACAAUAGCUCCUUUUACAUUCUGGGUUGUUUAGCCCAGUGGAGCUAAACUCAAGAGACAGGCAAUUGCCCAGACUGCUUUGCUAAGAGUUCAUUUUAAACUGCAUUGGCUGGUCUGUAAUUGGACAGCCACAGAAAGUCUGGGUGGUGUUAGAAGGGGAGGGCUUGCAAAGGCAGCAGACAAGAGAUCUACUGCUUUUGCAAGCAAAUUUUAGAUAUACCCCGAUGGGAAAUAUGACUAAAUGCAUGCAUGUUUUUUCAUUGAGGUUAUAUCUACUUAACAGUGAUUUUAUGUUUGUAUUUUUAUCUGGACAGUGGAGUGUCUCUUUAAUUGUUUUGUGCACUUAGUCUUAGGUGUUUAUUUACUAAACAGUAAGGUGUGGUUUAUUAAUAACCAAUUAGCACACAUGCUUAACUAAAAAGGCUAAGUGUGAGCCAGGCAUGUCAUUAAUUGCAGUGACUCCAGACUAUUGAUGUAUGCUUUGGGAAUGACCCAAACAAUUAAUAGUUCUAUCAAUCAGAACCUUCUUCAGGAUUGAUGUUUAUAUUGAACACACCGUUUGCAAUAUCUCCUCUAAUAAAACAACAAUAAAGCACAUGAAUGGUACAUUUUUUAUUCUAAAUUUAACUUAUAAAGUACAGUAAUGUUACAGUGAAUGAAAAAGAAGAGGACUUUAUACAGUACGAGUACGAAUGGACUUUAAACCUUCUAGUCAAUUUUAGCAUGAUCCUCUGAGACCUACGUCCAACGCUAUAUUGUGUGAUUUGGCACUGCACCAACCUUUUAGCUUCAUUUCUUAACGUUCUGCUUCCUUUUAAUAUUUUAUAGCUGGCAGAUGAAUCUGAUAUUUUACUGUAAUUUAAAGGAAAUCGGCUUCUGAAAAGCAGAGGAAAAAUAGGCCCUCCGUAUGGGAAAAAGAAAUUCAGUUUUUCAUUCUUCUGAGAAAUUAUAUUUAUAGAAAGCCUGUGACGUAAGAGACACAGAAGACCAAUGAACUAAAAAAGAAAGGAUUUUGAAAUUGACCUCUAUGAUUGAGAAAACAUCAGAGAUUUUAAUGGCAUGUUGUUCUACCAAGCUAGACAUGAACUAACAAGUCAUAUUUCCAGAAAAAUAAAAAUAAAAUAUCAAUUUCAACCAUCAACAUAUAUAUAUAUAUAUAUAUAUAUAUAUAUAUUUAAAAUUAAUAAAAUAAUAGAAAUAGGUCAAUUUACAUGUUUAUUACAUUAGCACGCAACCUUAAACAUCUGGCGCCUAAUUUUAAACAUCUAAUUUUAACUUCAGAUUUUUGGGAAAUGUAUAUGUAGAACACUAUGCACAACUGGGCCACCCAGAUAAACAGUCUUCAUACCGUGGAGGCAGAAAGGAAGGAAGCAGCUCUGCCAUGUGCCGGAACCCCAACUUUUGGGUUAAACCCCCAAAAAACUGAUUUAACACUUGAAGGUAUGAUGGCAUCUGAACAAUCCUGCCUUUUAACAACUUCAAUGGGCUGCAGUUGUAAUGAGGUGGGAGUGUUCCUUUUAGACAUUUUAAAUACUGCACAGGGCUACACAAUCUUCGGCACUCCAGAGGUUGUGGACUACAUCUACCAUAAUGCUCUUAAAGCAAUACUGCUGGCAAAGCAUCAAGGGAGAUGUAAUCCACAACAUCUGAAGUGCCAAACGUUAUAGGCACAAAAGAAAAAUAUUAUCUAAUAGAUUAUGGUUAGUGUGUGAGAUUUUGCCAUACUUUAAAGGGGUUAAUCCAACCAAAAACCGGUGUUUAUUGUUCUAGCAGCAAUGGGGUUAAUUUUUGAAUGUGCAGUGUUUCACAGUGAAAUACUGCACUUACAGACACUGGGCACCAUGACCACUUCAAAUCACUGAAGUGGUCAUGGUGAUUGGAGUAGCCCUUUAAGCAUAAUCAUAAAUAUGAACAUGUAAGCAAAUAUAACAUUGGGGCAGCAAGCUUGGGUUAUAGGAUAGGCUGAAUAAUGUUCAACAAUCAAAGAAAUAUCUUGUAAUCUGUUUUGAUGUUGUAUGAAAAGUAUUUUUUUUUAAAUUUUUACUAUUUUACAAAAUGCCAGCACUUAUCGCAUGUCUUGCAAUGAAAUAUUACAUAAAGUAGAACAAGAUAAGUAUGCAGACUGAUACAGAAAGGAUCUAGAGUUUUGCUCACCCAAGGUUACAGUCUAACUUCUAAACACAUUAGAGUGCAUUACUGAGUGUUCUAUAAUUUAAUCAAAAGGUCAAUCCAUGUUGGGUAUUGUCGGAGCAUGGCUGUGUUUGCAUUAUCUUUAUAAUGGAGACAAUGUGCAUCAGUCUUGAGUUAAGUUUUUUAUUAUUAUUUUUAUGUGAGCCACAAUGAAACCAGGUCAUAAAAAAUAAUCCAAAUAAAAUGUAAUUUACUCUAUUCUGCAUCAGAAUAAACCACAAAUGGGUGGAUGACAUGAUGAAGAUUUUGCAUAGAGGGGUUAUCCCUCAGAUCUGUUACAAGAUGCUAAGAAAAGGGUUAUGUUGCCACAAAUUGAUAAGGUGAGGUGGGUCAGAAACCAGAAAAGACAGAAUAGGAUUUGUUCAUACUUUCUCCACUAAUCUAGCUAGAUUAGACAAAUUGUCUGAAAACACUGGCACAUAUUGAGUAUGAAAAAAGAAUUUAAGGAUGUCGGUGAAGCCCCAUUAUUGGCUUAUAAGAGAUCUAAAAGCAUGAGAGACAAUCUGGUACAUGCCAAAGACAACAUUAUUCAGGAGGAAUGAGAAUGCUGGUUGACACCUCCCAAAGGAUGUUUGACUUAUGUCUUAUCAAUAAAAUCUAUCUUUUUACAUAACUUAGUGUACUAUGGUUUUUACAUUAUUGAUACAACACACAGCAAAACAUUAUAUCAUGAAUUUGUGCAUCGUCAUCUUAAAUGACUGCCCGUCUACCGCUUAUGCUAACUUCGAACAGUUAUAAAAUGUGACAUCAUGUAAUAUCUCUAAAACCAGUGCCUAUUUAUAGGGCAACUAUAGUUACCAAAACAACUGAAUAAUAUAUAUAUAUAUUUUUUAUUUUAAGGUCACCCUCAGCACUAUUACAAAGUGAAGAAAUCAUUUAAAUGAAGGUCUACUUAAGGCAAAUUCUAAAAUAAAAUUUUGAGCUUAAGCUAAUAGAAUUAACUGGAAAUGCAUUCAGUUAACAACAACUUUACCUUUAAAGGCACACUAUAGUCACCAGAAUCCCUACCGCUUAAUAUGGUGGUUCUGGUGUCUAUUGCAUUUCUCUGCAGGUUAGCACUGUAAACACAGCCUUUUCAGAGAAAAGGCAGUGUUUACAUUGCUGCCUAGGAACACCUCUAGUGACUGUCACUAAAACGGCCACUGGAGGUGCUUUCUAGUACAAUGCUGCACAGUGUGUAGCACCUCCACGAUUUGCAUGGAGGUAUAUUCACCAUACAGGGGAUGUUCACCCACAUUCCUCAUACAGAUGCAUUGAUUCAAUAAUCUCUAUGAGGAUAUGCUGAUUGGCGUAGCACAGGUUUUGCCUUGCAUGCGCAAAAAGUUGGGUAAAAUCACUGUUUUACUGCGAUCAGAGGGGUGAGGAGAGGGGGGUAAUUACCUAAGCAACCACUUCAGAAAUAUACAGUCAAUAAUACAUGUUUGCAUUCCUGACACUAUAGUGUUCCUUUAAUGAAGUGGUUCUGUUGUAUAGAUUAUGCCCCUGCAGACUCACUUAUGCAGGAGACUUCAGGGACAUGAUCUCUACACCAAAACUGCUUGAUUAAGCAAACGUUGCUUUGGUGACUAUAGAGUAUGUGUAACGUAUAUGACUACUUUUGAACAUGUUGCAACUUUUGUAUAAGCAGUGCAUCACCAAGAUAUUGUGAUCGGUUUGGUGAGAAGUCUAGUUGACAAUAAAUUAUAAGAUUUCACAUACUUAGCCUUCGUGACAUUUAUUAGAUGUCUUGUUUUAAAGUAAAUUUUUUUGUGCAUUCUUAUGUAUCCUGCUUUAAUAUGUACUGUAUUUGUAUGUUUUCCUGUAUCUUACUUUCUGUAUAUUAAUGUGAGUUAGUGACGUGAUGAAUUGCAACCAGCUGAAACCAUUAGAAACUGGGCUUCAUGCUAAGUGCCUGGAAAAUGUGCCUUGAAGCCCAUGUCCAACUGUGCAGGCUUAACAACCCCUGUGGUGUCCAGUAAACCAGGAGCGUCUAAGCUUAGUAUGAAAAACCCUACACCUAAACGUGAAACUUUAUUAUUAGACCUCCUAAGUCCCCUUAAAAAACGAAAUAGUCAGAGACACUGGCUCCCAGCCCAGGGAAUUGCCAAGGGCUGGGGGGCAACAGCACUGCUGUUGCCUGCUUCGGCUCUUCCCCAAAAAAUAAGAGAUACCCCUAAUGUAACACUUUAAUAAGAAAAAGACGUUUCCUUGAGACCCAAGAAAACCUUGAAGUGGGGGAACAGGAUAAUUAAAUAAUAGAAGUCCUAACCUUUAUUGAAAACUAAGUGUAAUAUGAUAAAAAUGACUUAAUAAAUGUAAUUACACAAAAUAACCAAGGAAAUGAAAGGGAUCCCUAGAACAGCAAAAACAACAACUACUACAAACAACAAAAGACAACUGCCACAACAGUAAGUGUAUAGGAUACAAGUGGUUAACAGGAUGAUGAUUGACUGCUUAUUCAAAUGAUAGCAGUAUGUAUGGAGGGAUGAGUGGAAGAGUUAUAAAAUUCCCCUCCACUUGUAAAAUUACUAAUACCAGAACUCCUACCGAAGUUGUGAAAUAAUGUGAACACCCAAUUCACCAUUGGGCAGAUCAGCCCCUUGUCAACAGCAGGAGUCAUACCACAACAUGAAAAGGGUUUUCUUGGGUCUUAAGGAGCCUUGUUUUUCUUUCUUUUGAUUGUCUCCCAAGUCCCCUGUUCGCAUGUUCCCCAUGACUCGAAUUUCUCCAUGCAUGCAGGAUCCUGUUGAGAGGCCUGCUAUAAUUACUUGAGCUAUUUAAUGAAUAAUGGGUUUCUAAUUAUGGGUUUCUAAUGGUGGGCUUCUGUAUAUUUUUGGGGGCUAGCACUACUGUUUCAUCAGUCUCUCGCAAGUGGAUCUUGACUUUGACCUGAGCAAUCACCAGCUCACCAGUCAAGAGAAAGAUAAAAUUAGAAGAAACCUCCAAUUCAACUUACUUACUCAUGUCAUCUCUGUACUAAUGUACUGCUCCAAAAUAUUAUCAAAAUGUUAACAUUGGAUUGCUGGAAAGAGGAUUAAUUUUAUCCUCUUUAGAACCAUUAUUCACGUUUAGGAAGAGAGUAGCGAAUCCAAUUUUAGAGUAGAACAGCAAAAUUUAAAACACUCUCCAGCUUAGGUACUUUUCCAGCUUUGCUCUUCUGACAUAAAAUACGUCAUUCUCUGGCCAGUGUGGAGUAAUCCAUGUUUUAGAGAAUAACCAAAACACAAAACCCUCAGAGUUAUCUGAAAGAGGAAAGUUAAGUUUUUUUUGUUAUAGUAGGUCUUUAAUAUUUGCCUUUUUCUUGGGUAUGAACAAAUGUGUAAGAAUUUAGAUUUAUGAAUUAUUUUAGUAUUAAAAUGAAUUGUUUUGUGUUCUUUUUUUUCUCACUUAGAGAUAGAUGAGAAGAGGAUCAGCACCACACACGAAGAAGUAAGUGUUAUGGUUAAGGCAGUCGUCGUAAAAUGGUUUUAAUCUAAAAAAAGAAUUUAAUUAUAUGAUAAUUUGAAGGAUCACUGUGUGCUGUAGUGGCUAUGGUGCCAGGAUUGCUCUGGCUCCCCCAUUGUAAGUAGUCAAACCGUUUGCUAAUGGUUUGACUUCUUACCUGGGGACUGCAAAGUCCCCAUCACUUCUUUUAUGGAAAGUUUGCAGCUUCAGCUGAUCACACUUAGCCAAUGAGCUAAACCCUGCAUUGUCAGGCUUAGCUCUAUACAUAAAGACAAAGUGACCAGGGGCCAGUGGACCCAGGUAAGUUGUCAAACAACUGGCAACCAGUUUGACUGGUUGCAUUGGGGUGUGCCAGGACAAUCUUGCCAAUAUAACAAUUAGAGUGUUCUAAAGUGGUUAUGGUACUUUGAGUGUUCCUUAAAAAUAAAAUAGAAAUGUAAACAUUAAAACAUCUAUCACCCCUUUCUGUGGUUUUACGGCUUAAUUUCUUCUUUAUUAAUUUCCUUUUCCUUUAUUUUGUUAUGUGUACAAUUUUUCCAUAUGAUCUUUGUCCCCUUUGUUAUAUUUUUUAUUCACCCCAUAACAAAAAAAACAAAACAUUUUUUGGGGGUGAUUUUUAUUUUUAUUUUUGCAGUGCAUAAAAGUAUAACAUAUAUACUUGAGGUACCCCAACGGCAAUCCUCAGGCAUAGCAUCUUGCAUUACAUUUGGGAUAAUAGAGAGGGCAUGCACAAUUUUAUAAUGGAAUCAGGAUUGUAUGAACACGCCUUGAGUACACAUCUAAUCUAGGCUUUUUUGGUGCUUUUUAAUUUGUUUGUUUUCUUUAUGUCUAGUAUUCUUUUCUCCCACAAAAGCCCCUAAUGUCUGUCUAUUGUCACCCACUAUAAUCUCUUUCCAGUGUCUCCAAUAUCCUUCUAAUACCCGUGUGCCAUACUAUGUAAAACUAAUAGAGGAACAAAACAUUACUAUGACUUGUACGCCAAAUUGUUCCACAGAUUCCUUCUCACCUUACAUGGUGGAGCCAGGUCGGAAUGCUGGAGGACCAUUCUCAUCUCGGCACUGCUUUCUGUUUCUCGUAUGUUGAGUAUGUGCAGUAGAGUAGAAAACCAAGAUCUAUAGAAAAUGCAUGUCCACAGGAUAAUCCAGUGAUAUUAUGCAUAUAAGUGACAGUGCAGUCUUAAGAGCCUCAGAGUAAUCCAUGAAGAAAAGGAAACAGUAUUUUGGGUCUUCAUUUACUUCUACACUUUUACAUAUUUAUCUGUAUAUGUCAGGCUUUGUUUUCAGCAGAGAGGGCAAAGAAAAAAAUCACAAAUCCUAGAGUCUGGUAUUUUCAUACACGUACAAAACAUCACUAGUGAAAGGUUUGCCUGUGUUACAACAAUAUUAACCAGAAGGGGUCAUGUUGAAUAGCACAUGUGCUCUCAGCUAAUACACAAUUACAGAUCACCACAGAAGAUCUCUAUCAUGUGCAGAUGAUGCAAUUGUGCUUACCUGUAAACUUAACUUGUCUCCACAAAAUGGAUUUUAGGGAAAUAGAAUUUUGAAUGGUGGGGCAUGGAUCUUAAAUCCAGAAGCAUCCUGGCAAACCAGCAUGUACCCUACAUUAGAUGAUCAGAAAGCAACGGUUAAUUGUACAGUUAACUAUCAUUUGAUCAACACGCAUUCUAUAGUAAUUUAUGUAAGUAACAAAAAAACCAUGGUCAGCUUUAAUCUUGGGGUUCAGGAAUAUGGUAGGGUCUGUCAGAAGAUCCUUCAGCAUGAUAACCACCUUCAUAAACAGGUCAAUCUUUUGGAAUAUGGAAUCUACUGGGUCUGGACUGAUUCAAUUUAUUUUUCUAUGUCUGAAUGCAGUAUGUGUCUCCUAAGUAGGAAACAAAAAGUGUGUUCUGGCCCAAACAAUGAAAAGAAGAGCUUUGCAUAGCACACGUGUCUUUAAAGGGUCAUUCUAAGCCCCAUAAUUACUACAUAUAUCUGUAGUGCUUAUGGAGACUCCAAUCCUAUGAUAAGCUGUCCAAUGGUGAAGAAAAAGCUUGACAUUUUCCUUGCUCUACCGUGGCUCCGGAGGUUCUUCCAGUCUGAGAUGAUCUCGUAAAUCCAAAGUUCAUCCUUCUGCUGAAUGGUACCACCUCAUACCUGGUAUGGCCAGGAUUCAUGGGCUGAGAGCAACCAUAAACUGUCUCCUAGCCCCAUAGCCACUAUAGCGCACUGUACUGUUUUAUUGUUUAUUGCAGUAAUCAUAGCAUUGUUUUAAAGAAGUACUCUCAGUACCAUAACCACUACACCCAAAUCACAAUAAUUGAGACAAAGUACAAUAAGGUACAACUCACUAUGACAUGUACAGGGUGUUUAACGUUUAAACAGGAGGACACCACAUUUUAUAUUAUACAUAGUAUAAACCACGUGACUCUAAAUUCGUCUUUUUCUAUAUCUGACUGCAGAAUGUGUCUCCCAAACAGAGAAAGCAAAGUGUGUAUUCUGGCCCAAACAUGAAAGGUACUGUUCAGGUACUGUUCUCUGUCAUAUUGAUCUACUUACCUGUCUUAAAAUAUUUUAUGUGCAUGGCUGAAUUACUAACAUUCUAAUCACUACUCAUUAGUUUUAUUAUUAUUAUUAUUAUUAUUGCCAUUUAUAUAGCGCCAACAGAUUCCGCAGCGCUUUACAAUAUUAUGAGAGGGGGGAUUUAACUAUAAAUAGGACAAUUACAAGAAAACUUACAGGAUCGAUAGGUUUAAGAGGACCUUGCUCAAACGAGCUUACAGUCUAUAGGUACCAUUAAGUACAAUCUGUAUACAUGGGUUUAGAGACAAUGAAAACAAAAUAUAGCUAUGUUUCUUUCUUUUUGUAACAGGACUGCCAAUACACAAAGUAUAUCUUUCUCUCUAUCCUGCCCACAUGGAAUCUGACAAUAAAAGGGGUGUAUUCACUGAACAGCGAUUUAUUGUGAAUAGGUAACCAUUACUAAUUUUCAAUAUUUUGUUCAAAAUACCCAGCCUGGGUAAAAAAACAAUCGCAGUUCAGUAGUGAUACAUCUUUUUAUAUUUCUUUGCUAUUUUACAAAGAAAAAAUGCUGUUUUAGUGAAUAUACCCUUAAAUUAGUAAUGUGUGUUGACAAUUAUUAGAAAGUUUAAAGAAACAUUUUUACUUUUUAUACUUUGGCUACACCUGUAGGUACGGUGACUGUGGGUGUACCUGCAAAACCGAUAAUAAUCAGUUGCAUGAUAAAGGGACUUUCUAAGUACCAAAACAGCAUUAGUUAAAUGAAACUGUUUUGAUGUAAAUAUCAUGUUCUUGUAGUCUCACGGUUCAAUUAUCUGCCAUUUAGGAGUUAAAUCACUUUGUUUAUACAUAGCCCUACUCACACCUCCACUGACUAUGACUCAUCCAGCCUCCAUUAAUAAAAACAUUUCAUUUUUUAGUCAGAUCUUAUAGCACAGUAUGUUUACUUUAGAAGCUAUGAUCUCUUGCUCUGUUAAUUUGAUAGGUUCAUCUGUCAUUUAAAUAUUGUAAUGUUUUUUGUAACACAAAAUACAUGUCUUCCCUUGUAAGCUAUGUGUAUAUCCUAAAUUAUUUAUAAAUGUUACCUUUUUUCUUCUGAAUUUAUUUUAAAAUGUUUAAUGGUUAGUGUGCAUUAACAAUAUCUUGAUUAAACCAUUGUAUACUAAUACAAAAUUUAGCACUGCAUACAUCUGCAUAAUACCUUCUAAAUUAAUAUGCAUGUAAAAUAAUAUGCAUUAAAUAAAUAAUUGUAUAGACAGACUUACUAUGUGUUAUAAACCAGUAUCCUUGAAACAGGACCUCCAGAACAUUGUAAGUCACACACUAACAGACACACACACUAACAGACACACUCACACACACACACAGACACACUCAUACUCACUAACAGACACACACUCGCUCACUAACAGACACACUCACUGACACACACAGACACACACUAACAGACACAGACACACACACACACACUAACAGACACACACACACUAACAGACACACACUAACACACACACUAACAGACACACACACUAGCAGACACACACACACUAACAGACACUCACUCACAUUAACACAUUUUUUUUUCAUUUAACCCUAGGGGUCCAGUGGCUGCUGGGUGGGUGGCGCUAGUGAGGGAGCACUUCCUCUGAGCUGUCUGCUCAGCUCCCUCGUGCGCCGCAGAGUGAUGCCGGGAGCCGGAAUAUGACGUCAUAUUCCAGCUCCGGCCUCACUCUGCAGUGCGCGAGGGAGCUGAGCAGACAGCUCAGAGGAAGUGCUCCCUCUCUAGCCGUCCGCCCGCCUGGCAUGUCAGUUAGACACAUGCAGUGCCCAGGGACAUUUUAGCUGCGAGGCAAACAAGACAUUUGCCCUGGGCAUUUGGGGGCGGCUUUUUUUGCAGCCCCCUGAAAAAUGCCGCCCAAGGCAAAUGCCUUGUUUGCCUCGCAGCUAAAAUGUCCCUGGGCACUGCAUGUGAGGAAUAUACAGAUAAAGAAAAUAAGAAAGAAAGGAGAUGUGAAUUGGAAGAAUGUAAUAGGAGGAGGAACUAGAUAGGCUUAGUAUAGGUAGGCUAAAUAUCCACAAAUAAAAUAAAAUACCAUGAAAUGAAAGGUAGCAAGUUUGAACGUGUUAGAUAUUUAAUUAAAGCAAAUAGAAUGAGGGGCAAUAUGUAUGUGGAUACAUGGAAUAUAAAUUUAAGUGUCUCGUUUAUUUUUAUUUUUUAAUAUUAAGGAGAAAACAUGCAAGGUUUGCCUAUCAAUGUAUUUAUUGAGUAAUCAGAGCCAACAUGCCUGUUAAGAACUGAUUAUAUCGAAAAUGUCAUAGCUGUGAAAACAUGCUAGUGAUUGUAAUGACAGGCUGCUUAAAAAUAGUAGUAAAAAUUUUUUUAAAAAAAGGAGUAAUACAUAUUCUAAAUUAGACAUCCGCUAGUAACGUGUAAACUUUUAUGCAAAGAUGAAGAACUGAGGGGUUUAUCAAAGAGAACAAAAUAACCACCACCACAUCGUGCAGGCUUUUAGCAGACACAAAAAGUAAAACGGUUAUCAGAUUGCCAUAUAAGAAAAUAAAAAAAUUAAAGGGGCACUAUAGUCACCAGAACAACUACAGCUUAAUGUAGUUGUUCUGGUGAGUAUAAUAGCUUCCUUCAGGCUUUUUUCAUGUAAACACUGCCUUUUCAGAAAAAAGGCAGUGUUUUCAUUGCCUCUAGGGACACCUCCAAGUGGCCAUUCCUUAGAUGGCCACUGGAGGGGCUUCCUGGCUCAGGGCUGUACAGUAAGCAGUCCUGCCGUUCAGCGUCCCCCCUGCAUGGGGAUGCUGAAUUUUCCUCAUAGAGAUGAAUUGAUUCAACCUCCCAGCUCCAAACGUUCUCAGGAACUGUAACACGUUGUCCACUGGUCCGUUUGUGCAGGGCAAUGUCCCAGAUGGAAUCCUGUUGUGGAGACUCCCGGGUAGGUGGAGGGUGCUCAGGGAAAGACCCCAUCGGGGUUCCAGGCUGGAAAGGGAGGACAACACGCCAGCAUCCUUAGGGAGUGGAUGUUCAGCUGCUGAGGUGGAUCGUGCCGACCUUGCCUGGAUGUGAAGCCAGAAUUUCUCACACAUGCGGUCAAAUGUGGCGCAAAAGACCUCCACCCAACUUUACCACGGGUCAGUUGCAGACUCCUGGGAGUAUUCAAGGUCCGUCGCCAUCACGGUGGAGGUGGGGACUGGAAUAACCCCCACCGGUCCGGGGGGGGGAGAGACAGGACCCACCAGCCGUCUAGGCAGUUGUGUUCCUUCAGGGAGAUCGACCGCCCCUCCCUGCCGAGUCAACGCCAGGCCGCGGUUGCUGAGGACCAGAUCUCCAGCGGUAUGCAUGGUGGGAGAGCAGCGUUGGUUGCUUGCCAGUUACCAGAUACGAUGGUGCCACUUUUGGUGAUGAAUAGUAAGCAAAUUGUUUGCCACUUGUGGGCUUUAUGUCAAAAUAUAUGAGGAGCUCGCCGCCAUGCGUCUGCUCAGUAUGGUGGCCAAGCCUCAUUCUUAUAUAUUGUCCAUAGAAUAUGGAUGGAAACCAUUACUGUAAGUAUAAAGUAAGCAAAUUAAGCUGAAAAAUGGAUGCAAAACAAAAAUUAUUUGUAUUUUAACCAACUUAAUAUUUUCUCAGUUCUAUAACUUGUUCUCUGGGUUAAAUGAAGAACAAAAAAUCAGUUUCGACGGCUGGGAAAAAUGUACUCUUGUUGAAGAAAGAGUCCAGUAACCUUCCAGAGGCCAAUGCAUUUUAUUUUAAGUACAAAGUCCAAAAAGGCUAUAAUGCGAUGUAGGAAAAUAAAACACAUUGUUCGACAGAAAGAAAACAUAAACAAACCAAAAUAAAAGCAAUGGAAAAUAUGUACAGCCUCAGUUUGUUGACGACCCGUAAAAUAAAUAGUUUGCAGUAGAAAUUAUUUUCCUUUAGCUCUGCAUGAGGGCAUCCAGCAUCAGCUAUUUCCCUAUAGGAAAGCAUUGAUUCAAUGUUUUCCUAUGGGGAGGCCUAAUGAGCAUGCUGCACUCGCCACGCAUGCACAUUAGUGCCCACUUGUCGAGGGAUGUCACAGGAGGCCGAGCCGUGACCGAGCAUUGAGGGACAAGCUAAUUUAAUAAAGGGGUUUUAACCGAUGUGGGGGCAAGGGCAUGAGGGACAGGGGAGGUAGAGGGAGCUAUGGUGCCAGGAAUACAGCUCUGUAAUCCUUGCAUUUAUAGUAUCCCUUUAAAUUCAAUGAUUUGACGCAAAUCAUGUCUAAAUAUUUAGGUAAGUGGCCAGUAGGUCUAAAUUUUGCCUAUGAAUGAGACCGUUUUUUUUAAACUGCUCUAGAAUCGAUUAUUUGUAAUAACUAACAAGCAAAACUAGCCUUCAACGCUACUUACCUCACUGUAUAUUAAAAAUUAAUCUCUAAAAAUAAGCAAUAGCAUGGUAUGCAGAUCUAAUAUUCACACUAAUAUAUAUCAUAUUAACACUUAUUCACAGAAAAAAAUAUCUACUCAUAUUGAUUUGUUUUAAUGUUUAGUAAUUGUUUUCUAUAUUUGUUUCAAAUAUAGACAUUUAGUAAAAACUGAAUUAUUUGUAAUUUUAACCAACAAAACUCCAGUUUGUUCAUUUAGUUACAGAGCGUUCCCAGCAGCAAAAUAUACCAAGACGGAAAGACACCCCAUGUCACAAUGACAUACCAUUUAUACCAGGUACUGCAAACACAUCGGAAAAUCUUGACACUUUAUAAACCAAAAUAUUACAACGUUCCUACAGUAGGACACGCUUUGAUCUGUUAAAUUGUAGCAUCCAAACUUCAAAAACAUGUGAAUCUUAAGACACUGUGAAGGUCAGGGCAGCCCACAGCGAGAGCUUGUUAUCAGGCUAUAAAGGAAGAACAAGUUCUUUUUAUAAAUUAAUUGCAACUUUGAGAAAAACUUCAAAGAAAUCACUUAGAUGUAAGUGCUUAUGCCGUGCUUUAUAUUGUAUAGAGUCUGAGUAUGUUUCUAUGAGGAUCAAACUGUGGAAUCAUUUUUCCAGAGAGGGUUGCUCCCUAAAGUGAGAAUUGCCAGGAAUAAAAAAAUGAAUUCAAAAUAAAUUUUAAAUGUAUGGCCGAAAUAGCCAAAAGUUAAAAACUGAUUUUUGUAGAUUUGUUUCUAAAUUGUCUAUUUUGGCCUAAAUUGUGAAAUUUACUUUGCAUUCACUUUGAAUUCCCAGCAAUUCUUACUUCCCAGCAAUGACAUAACGACUUGCAUAGAGGGUAUCCUCUUUCGUCUUUGUCUUUCUAUGGAAGUAGGAGGAAAGUGGUGUCAAAUAAACCUGAGCUAAUCUAGUAGUUAUGAAUAUGACAGUUGAUGGUACAUCCGACUGACAUUGUCAUAUGAUGGCAAGACAACUGUUGUCAUUAUUGUAACAGUCACUCAGUUCCUUUUCAAUGUUACACUUUGGUUCACGUUUACACUUCUUCAUUAAUAUAUAAAUAAUGAAUAAUGACCACUCUUUUUUUUAAGGGCUACUAAAGGUACCCUGGCACAUUUAUCUACCAGUCACCCUUUAAAGGUCUUUUUAUGUAGCAACCAAAUACAACUUGUCACAUGACAUUGCAGCUCGUUGUAAAACAUUAAAUUCAAAACUUUAGGUAGAGGGAGACUUAGAAUUCUCUGCCUACAUUCACUUGACAAAUAAUUCCAAGCCUGUUUGUAAAUAGAAUGUUGAAUCAUCUCUCAGACUGUAACACAUGUCCCAUAGUUUAUUAAUUUGUGCCUAAUUUAAUUUAAAAGAUAUUAAAACUUCCCUGUAAGAAUUGCAAUAUUUAAUACGGGCUAGUAGGACGAUAGAAGUAUUGUGUGUAAAUGGUUUCUAAUAUAUAAAAUACAUUUUUUUUUUGUUUUGAUAAAAAAAAUGAGAAACCUGAGGAUAAGCAUAGCGUAGGCUGAGAGAAUAAAUGGUUCUAUUGUUUACAGAAUAGAAAGUAACGACCUUGGAAUAAAAGCUCUAGACAAUUAGGCACAAUGUAUCUUUAUAGAAGAGCUGGAAAACAAGGUAGAACAAUCACAGUAUCUGCCAGUGAUGGAUUAGUGCGUGUGCUAUAUCGCAGUGUGCACACAAAUAAACCUUAACGUUUUGAAAAAGAACACGGUGACCCCAGGUUUCUGCCAGCUUUCCAAACAAGACAAGGACACGAUAUAAAACGCGUUGGUUUGUAAAGGUAAAAUGUUCUCGGUGAGCAAAAAAAGCAAAUCCAUUAUCAUUUCCAAAUGUAGUUGAAAGAAUAAAGACAUUGAAAAUGUCACUUUAACUGUUUAACCAUGUGUAUGCUUUACAUGCUGACUCUGGUUCAACAAAUUAUCAAACAUUUGAAGUGAUUGUAUUCUGUAUGAAAGAAACCAAACAAAUAAGAAACUUUGAUUAUGUGCAGUUAUAUGCCAAAACUAGGUAAGUCAGAGUUUUUAAAUUGCUGUAUAUCCAUUUUUUUCUGCUAGGGAUCAUGUAUUGAUGUUUAAUGAAAUACCAUUUAAAAUUAGCGGAAAGGGACAGGGUUUCUACUACUCAACAUACAGAGGAAAUAUUUUUUUCUUUAGCAUUUUUGAGACCGUAUACACACCACAGAAUAAAUAACACAGUUAUUAUUAGUAGUGAGUUUUAUUAUGUGCUAUAUGAACUACAAGGGACAUUUUUAUUGAUGAUCAAUGUUAUACCACUUUUACACAAGGUUUCCUCUAUGACUUUCUGUGAUCCAGUACCAAAAGAGUUAAGGAAGGUAUACAGGUGAUACUCGAAAAAUUUGAAUAUCGUGUAAAAGACCAUUUACUUCUGUAAUGCAACGUAAAAGGGGAAACUAAUAUAUGGGAAAGACGCAUUACAUGCAAAGCAAGGUAGUUCAAGCCGUGAUUUGUCAUAAGUGCGAUGAUUAUGGCUUACAGCUCAUGAAAACCCCAAAUCCACAAUCUCAGUAAAUUAGAAUAUUGUGAAAAGGUGCAAUAUUCUAGGCUCAAAGUGUCCCACUCUAAACACCUGCAGAGGGUUUCUGAGCCUUUAAAUAGUCUCUUAGUCUGGUUCAGUAGGAAUCACAAUCAUGGGGAAGACUGCUGACCUGACAGUUGGGCAGAAAACCAUCAUUGACACCCUCCAUAAGGAGGGAAAGCCUCAAAAGGUAAUUGCGAAGGAAGCUGGAUGUUCCCAAAGUGCUGUAAUAAAGCACAUUAAUAGAAAGUUAUGUGGAAUAAAAAGGUGCACAAGCAGCAGGGAUGACCACAGCCUGGAGAGGAUUGUCAGGAAAAGGCCAUUCAAAUGUGUUGGGGACUUUCACAAGGAGUGGACUGAGGCUGGAGUCAGUGCAUCAAGAGCCACCACACACAGACGGACCCUGGACAUGGGCUUCAGAUGUCAUAUUCCUCUUGUCAAGCCGCUCCUGAACAACAAACAACGUCAGAAGUGUCUUACCUGGGCUAAAAAAAAAACAGACCUGGUCUUUUGCUCAGUGGUCCAAAGUCCUCUUUUCUGAUGGGGCAUUGCCAAGAGAAAGAUAAGAGACAUAAGGCCACUAUUGAAGCAUCCUGGUCUUCCAUAACACCUCAGCAGUGCCACAGGCUGAUAGCUUCCAUGCCACGCCGCAUUGAGGCAGUAAUUGCUGCAAAAGUGGCUCAAACCAAGUACUGAGUCCAUGUGCAUGCUUAUACUCAUCAGAAGUCCGAUAUUGUUCUAAACUCCUUGUUUUAUUGAUUGCAUGUAAUAUUCUAAUUUACUGACAUUGUGGAUUUAGGGUUAUCAUGAGCUGUAAGCCAUAAUCAUCGCACGUACGACAAAUCACGCCUUGAACUAUUUUGCGUUGCAUGUAUUGAGUCUAUCACAUAUAUUAAUUUCCCCCUUUACAUUGCAUUACUGAAAUAAAUUAACUUUUGCACGAUUUCUAAUUUUUCGAGUAUCACCUGUAUGUAUGUCAACCACAGCCUUCACUUUGCAUAGUAAUAAAAUAUAGAGUUGGAGUUUAGUUUCAGUAUGAACUGCAAUUAAACGACAUUUUGAUCAAUCGAGUGAUCGGUUGAAUUCCCGAAUUCCAAGCCAAAUUGCACCAGAAUCACAAGCCAGAUGAGCUGUGCAGUGGCCAAACAUGUUCGUUUUGUUUUGUGAUUCUGAAUUCCACAUGUGGUGCAAAAAAGGAGGGGAUUGAUAUGGGAAAAAAUUAUAUUAAUCUCUAGAAGACAGUCACUAAAUGUUGAUUUUAUUCAUAGAUCAAGUGAGAAGUGAGCAAUAGAGAGAGGGGGAGGAGGAGCAUUAAAUAAAAAGCUCUAUUUAUAUGUAAAAAAACAAUAAAAAAUCAUAUAAUAAAUUAUAUUAAAAAAAAUAUAAUGUAUAUAGUGCUCCUACUGUUUUUUCUUAUAUUGGUUAUGAAAAUGGCCAAUUAGUCUAGUGCAAAAUUUAUACAUAUUAUUAUUCUAUUAUGUAUAUAUUUUGCAAUACAAUCACUGGUCCAUUUUCUUUACCUUUUCGUUCCUCUGAAUCAGGUUUUCAGUACUGAAAUUCACCAGAGCGGAACUGACACAUGUCUGUAACAAAGUUCUAUUUUCAUUAAAAUUGGUUUGGCUGAUACAUGUUUUCCAUAAAAUAAUAGAAUAAUUUGUAAUCACUAUUCUUAAAGGACCACUCUAGGCACUCAGACCACUUCAGCUUAAUGAAGUGGUCUGGGUGCCAGGUCCAGCUAGGGUUAACCCAUUUUUUCAUAAUUAUAGCAGUUUCAGAGAAACUGCUAUAAUUAUGAAUGGGUUAAGCCUUCCCCCUAAUCCUCUAGUGGCUGUCUCAUUGACAACCACUAGAGGCGCUUGCGUGCUUCUCACUGUGAUUUUCACAGUGAGAGCACGCAAGCGUCCAUAGGAAAGCAUUGUAAAUGCUUUCCUAUGCGGCGGGCUGAAGGCGCGCGCAGCUCUUGCCGCGCGUGCGCAUUCAGCCGGCGGGGAGGAUCGGAGGCUGAGAGGAGGAGGAGAGCUCUCCGCCCAGCGCUGGAAAAAGGUAAGUUUUUACCCCUUUCCCCCUUCCAGAGCCGGGCGGGAGGGGGACCCUGAGGGUGGGGGCACCCUCAGGGCACUAUAGUGCCAGGAAAACGAGUAUGUUUUCCUGGCACUAUAGUGGUCCUUUAAGUGGCCAAUGCUAAGAUUUUUAACCCCAUUACACCCAGAAUUAUGUAUGAACAUUUUUACUUUAGCUUAUGUUGGAAACAAAUGAGUCUAUAAGGCCUCACUCUCCUUUGUUAAUACUCCAGGAUUACCAGCCUGCAGAUUAAUUAAUUUCUCUGCCAGGAGCCACUGGCCACUCAUUUAAUGUUUGCAGGUGUAUUGAAAAUGGCAGCUCACACUCCCAGUAACAGAUGUUUCAGUGGGUUAUGGCAUUCCUACAGUCAAGCAAGUGGAAGAGUGAAUGGGCUUUCCAAUUUCACUGUUAUCAUUGCAUUUGCUUUCCAGAAUAUUGAUAAAAAUGUAUGUAGCAGUUUCAAAUAUAUAAAAAUUAUCUGCAUUUACUGUAUGUAAGCAUUAUGCUUAAAUGCAGACAUUCGUUUACAUUCUAUUACCAUUUCGUACUGCUAGUAAUACCUCUAGGGUUCUUAGAAAUAUCUAUAAAUUGACAAUUUUUUUCUGUGUGUAUUUUUGUCACACCAACUGUAUGUGACAAUAAUUCUAUUUUUGCUUUUAUAAUACCAUUUCAGGCUCUUUAUAAAACAUAGAACGAUAUGAGAUAUUUUAUACUGUCUAAAGCUUUUCAUUCCUCAAAAUGUAUACGAAAAGUAAUCUAAACACAAAAAAUGGCUGUUUUACUAUAUGUUUAUGCUUUAGCUAUGCAUCUCAUGUUUCAGAUAAAUGUUAUUGCAAUGUUUUUAAACAAAUAUGGUAGUGAAGGAGUUGUCUGGUUACAAUUACAUGUCUGUUAGUCCACCCAUUGUACAGCGCUCCGGAAUUUGAUGGCGCUGUAUAAAUAAUAAAAUAAUAAUAAAAUAAUAAUAAUAAAAAAAUCCAGUUUAAUGGCCUCCUGAGAUGCACCCACCAUAUUGCAACAUACAGGUUUAGCGAUGCCUAUUAAGAGUGGGAUAAUGUGCUUAUGAUGUUUCAUGAAUUUAGUGUAGGACCUUAUUUAUUGGGUUUAUUAGAUGAUAGCGUGAUAUAUAUGUAAUAUUUCUUAAAGGUACAAAAUAUAUAGUUAGUCAUAAAACUUUCUGCAGAAAUACAUUUGUUGUGGUUCUGUUUAGAAUUUUAACUUACAUAAUAUAUUUGCUUUUGUGAAUUUUCAAUAGAUCUAAUUGCUUUAUUCUGUUUUUUUUCAAAAAGAAAAAUCUCUUGCUUAUAAAGGGAAAUUACUGUUCUAGAUUGCAAUCGUUCCAAAGGUUAAAUGUGUUUAAAACUAAUCUUGUCACAUAUUUCUAUAAAAGUAAGAAGACAAGGGAAAGUUAAAUAUUCAAGAUUGUUUAUAAAGGAAGUAGGUAUGUAAAUGAAUGUGAUGUUAGCUCUUAGGCACAUUUUACCUUCAAUACAUGUUGUUCGAUAAGAAAAAAUAAAUUGACUUUAGCAAGGCUGGGUAACUGGAAAAAAGGUGAUUCUAGUCUAGGUGAUAUUAUUUUGGUAGAUGAGAUAUACUUUAUUAAACCCAUAUUAUGCUCAGGACUCCGAUCACAUUGGGUUGGUAUUAUGAGAGACAAACCGUUUUAAAAAAGAUCCACCGUUGCAAGUAGGUAAAUAAUUGCAUCUCUUAACAGUCAAACAGAUUUACAGAAGUACAUUUUCAGCUCUUCAUCCUAUUUUUUAAAUAUUGUAUAUAUAGUUUUCCAAAACAUAUAUGUGUAUUGUGGCAAGUCAGGUGUAUGGAAACACAAUGUUUUUUGCACUGAGUAAACCUUUAACCUUUUAUUGUGUCUUAGUAGACUUGGUACUGACUGUAGUCCCCUUCUAAUCCUCUGUGAAGAAGAGACGGGAUUUUACUUACCUUUUCUCCAUUGCAGUGUUGGUUUUUGCACUGCCGAACUGCCUCCUUGGCUGAGAUCACCAAGAACGAUGAUCUCAGCCAAUCCAAUGCUUUCCCACAGGAAAGCAUGAUGAGUCUAGUGCACAUGCACAAUAAAACACUGUGCUGCACUAAUUAGAUGGUCUCUAUGAGUCCAUUUUAUCUAAGUAGCUCAGUUUGACCAUUGUUGUUCCUGCUGAAUGGCAAUGUUUUACAUUGUAGGGUUAAGCAGACAGUAACAUGGUACCCAGACCACUUCAUUGAGAUGAAGCUCCCUGGGUACCUAUAGUGUACCUUUAACAUGAAUUGACCAGAUGGGAGAGUAUGAAGUUGGUGAAGUAACACACAUAGAUAGGAAACUUGGAUAAAAUGUGGCGGUAAUAAUGGAGAGAGUAAGGGGUUACAAAAACUACAAACCUCGUGUUUAUUACAUGCAUUGUUUAUGGAGUCAUAGGUAACUGACAGAUGGCGAUAUGGUAUUUGAAUAGUGCAGAACAAGACAAGAAUGCAAUAUUCUCUAUACAGAAUAUAGAUUAAAAUUAGCUUCUCCAUAUAUAAACAGGGCCACCAUCAGAAAUUGUGGGGCCCCUAACACAGCUCAAGGUCUGUGCCCCCGGGUGCCCGCCUCCAAGCCCCGCCUCCAAAUCCCACCCACAGGAAUACACAGACACACACACAGAAAGAUACACACAUACUAACAGACACAAAUACUGAAACAGACAUACACACAUAUAGACACAUACACAGAUACAGAUACACACACAUACUGACAUACACACACACAUACAUACAGACAUACAUACAUACUGACAAACAGACAUACAUACACAUACAUACAUACAUACAUACUGAUAUACAUACAUACACACACACAGAUAGAUAUAUACAUACACAGAUACAAACAGACAUACUGACAUACACACACACAGACAUACAUGCAUACUGACAUACAUACUGAUAGAUAGAUAUAUACAUACACACACAGAUAUACAUACAUACAGACAUAAAUAUACAUACUGACAUACACACACACAUACAGAUAGACACAGACAUACUGACAUACACACACAUACAUACAUGCAUACUGACAUACAUACAUACAUACAUACUGACACACACACAUACAUAUAGAAAUACUGACAUACACACAUACAUGCAUACAUGCAUACUGACAUACACACACACACAGACAUACAUACAUACUUGCAGACACAUACACAGACAUACAUACAUACUGACAUACACACAGACUUACAUACUGACAUACACACACACAGACAUACAUAUAUGACAUACACACACACACACACACACUGACACACACACAGACAUACAUACUGACACACACACACAUACACACACACAUACAUAUAUACAUACUGACAUACACAUUGACAUACAUACUGACAUACACACAGACAUACAUACAUACAUACUGACACACACACAUACAUAUAUACAUACUGACAUACAUACAUACUUGCAGACACAUACACAGACAUACAUACAUACUGACAUACACACACACACAGACAUACAUACUGACAUACACACACACACACACUGACACACACACAGACAUACAUACUGAUACACACACACACAUAUAUACAUACUGACAUACACACAGACAUACAUACUGACAUACACACAGACAUACAUACAUACUGACAUACACACACACAGACAUACUUACAUACUGACAUACACACAGACAUACAUACACACAUAAAUACUGACACACACACAGACAUACAUACUGACAUACACACAGACAUACAUACACACAUACAUACUGACACACACACAGACAUAUAUACAUACUGACACACACACAGAUAUAUAUAUACAUACUGACAUACACACACAGACAUAUAUACUGACAUACAUACAUAUACACACACACACUUCAUUAAUCAGCCACCCUCCUCUUACCUUUAAGUUGCAGGAGGGUGGAUGGGGAUGAUGGGAGUGGAUGCCUCUGGUGUCCUCUCCUGGCCUCUGCUCUCCUGGCCUCCGCUCUCCCUCUCCUCCGCUCUCCCGCUGCUCUCCCCCCACGCGGAGUAAGCUUGGAGGAAGUGACCGGCCUUCAUUUCCUCCCAGCAGCAUUUGCAGGGGAGCCGCAAUUUUUUUUUUAAAGGGGCCCGGUCAUGGAAUUACCCGGCCGCAGCGCUGACCGGGUCCCUGAAUAUUACAGGGCCCAUUGGGUGGCCCUAAAUGCUUGGGCCACCUGAUGGGCCCCGGUGCAGAUGCACCUGCGGCAGUUUCGCCGCCCACGUGGGGCCCGGACAGCCGGGCCCCCUAGGGCUGCCGGGCCCGUGACAACCAUUAUGGUUAUAUAUACAUAUAUAUAUAUAUUGUUACCAAGAUGGAUUUCAAAUUACUCCUUAUUAAGUGUAAUAACAUAUUAAUAAUAAUAUAGUAGUUCACAUAAAAAAGCAGACUACCACAAAGUAUUGCAAUAAAGCCACAGUAAAGAGAACAACCGUGAUAUAUUUUACGAAAUUUAAUCUGGUACUAGAAAAUAAACAAAAUAAGAAAUAAAUCUCAAACAAUAAAAAAGCAAACUGAAUGCUUAGAGCUGCCAGAAUUUAUUUUCCCAAGAUUGCUAGUCGCUCUUAUUGGAUUUGUAAUAAGGUGGAGGCUGUAAAGUUUCCAUUAGCAGUUUAAUAGUAUACAAUUUGAACCACUCUCAGCGCCAUUAGAGGUAAACUCGGUAAUGACUCAAGAAAUUCAUAGAAUGAUAUGGAUUAACAAAAAAGAUAUAUUUUUUAUGAGAUGACUCAUGUCAUAAAUAAUAGAAAAAAAAUGUAAUCACUAUCUCCCAACAGUAAGAUAUUGUAUAUAAUACAUUGUUUUAAACUACAGUAGUUGACAAAGUGCAUGGAUGUAGUUGACAGAACAAGUUUUCUAGUAUUCCUACAUAGCGCUAUCUUUUUUUAUCCAAUCAGUGACAGGAUAUGCCUAAGGAUUAAAUAUAUUUCUUCGAUAUGAUAUGCGAAUGUGUUAACCUGUUAAGACGAUUCCAAGUUAGAAACCAAUACACAGGAAUGGCAAGAACCAGCGCCAAUCACGAUAAAAAGAAAAAAGAUAUAGUUGCAGGCACCGCUGCAAACAACGGCGGGGGGUGGGGGCGGAAUAAUGUCACCUAUUAGUUAAUGAAAUUGUUCAUAUAGGCACUUGCUCAGAUCUGCAUAUGUGAGUGUAUGUUCUAGUGGAAAAACUUCCAUAAUAUGCAACUCAAUGUUAUUUUUUGUGUGCGUGUUUAUAUAUAUAUAAAUCCAAAUAGUCGGCUGCACUCAUGGUCUUAGUAAACAUCCAAUGCUUUAUUGUAGACAAUUUAAAAGAUCAACGUUUCAGUCUACCUUUGGGACUUUCAUCACGAUCAAAAAAAAGUAUCACAAAUGUUUAUUUCAUAUUCAGUGUGAAGUUCAGUGUGACAACUUUGCACUGAACAUGAAAUAAACUAUUGCGAAAUUUUUACAUGACCCGUGAGUGCCCAUAUUUCUGAGUUUCUGUUGGAAUAUAUAUAUAUAUAUAUAUAUAUAUAUAUAUAUAUAUAUACUGUAUAUAUACUGCAUAGAAAUAAUAUUCAUUUAUGUGCAUAUAUAACAGUCCACAAUAAACUAGAAAGAUAUCAAGACAGACGUACACCAUAUUUUUAAAGUCUUGCUUUACUGCACAUAAUCUUAGAAAUUGCUACGGCAUUGAAGAUCUGAUUAGCUUUACAAACGCCCAAAAGAUUAAAAAAAAAUUAGAUUUUUUUGGAAGUGGGACAAGACAGCAAGUCUGGUUGGAAAAAGAAAAGACUUAAUUUGAUCUCUCUGUUCACAGGGGUUAAACAGAUGAAAAAACAGAACAAGACCUCCUUUCCUGAAGAAGAAGAAGGACAAAAUGACGAAGAGUGUGAUCACUGAAAAAAGAGUACGAAAUCUCUUAUGGGAGUUUUUUUGUAAUGUAAAUGGACUUUUACCUAUUCUACAGAAAAUCUCAUUGAAGGGCAUAUUAUCUUUGAAGGCAUUUUAUAUCUCAGUACACCGUAUGUUUUAAGAAAAUGUUUCUAUACUAGUUGUGGUUCAUGGCGCAACUAUCUAAAAACUUCAUAAUCAACUACAGUAUAGGAAUAAGAAAUCAUUCCACGUCAAAAUUCUAAUUUCGUGCAUUUACUGUUAGCCAUUUAACUGUAUUACUACUACACAUUUGCUAAAAGAAGUUUGCAAUGAAUUAAGUCUGUAAAUAUAACUAAUUAAUUAAAUCAGCUACAUAAAUAAACAUUUAGAGAAAAUGGAAAUUAAGUGUGUUUUACAUUUCUUCUAAAAGCUAAUGCACGGAAGACGUAAAGGUAAUUUUUAUUUUGUAUUGAUUAUAUUUUGCUUUAUAACUAUUGAUCUGUUUUAUACAGUGUUUUUAAG